CCGCCCGGCCUCCCUCAGGCUCCGCCUCAGAGCAGCGCCUCCAGGGGCGUUUCGGGCCGCCCUGGAGGCCGCGUCCCUCGCCUCGGGGCAAAAGGGGCGGCCCCGGGAGUGAGGGCGCUUGUUGUGUCAGCGCCGGCCCGCUAGUGAGGCGAGCGCGGCUUCUGAGGGAGCUUCAUUUUCCGCGGAGGCGCAACAGGAGGCCGAGCGAGGGAAGACGCAGCCGCUGCCUCACCUUCGUCGUCGUCGUCGCCUCCCUCGUUUCCCGCCAUGGCCGAGGCUCCUCAGCCCGUGGAGACGGACCCCGACUUCCAGCCGCUGCCUCGCCCGCGCUCCUGCACUUGGCCGCUGCCCCGCCCGGAGCUCGCGCCGCCCAGCCCGGGGCAGACCCCGGCUCCCACCCCGGCCAGGGCCGCUUCUCCGCCCCGCUGCGGGAGGGUGGCCGCGGCCCUGUGCGCCUCGCCCGGAGGAGACCUGCUCAGCCUGCUGGAGGCUGGCGGCGGAGAGGGCUUCGAGGCGGCCGCCGCCGACCUAGGCACCCCGGGAGGCUGCCUCUGCGGGGACUUCCCGUGCCUCCAGCACCCGCAGCAGCAGCAGCACCCGCAGCAGCAGCAGCCGUCGGGCCCGGCCUUGGCCUCGGCGUCGGGGCCCCGCAAGAGCAGCUCGUCCCGGCGCAACGCCUGGGGCAACUUGUCCUACGCGGACCUCAUCACCAAGGCCAUCGAGAGCGCCCCGGAGAAGCGGCUCACGCUGUCCCAGAUCUACGAGUGGAUGGUCAAGAACGUGCCCUACUUCAAGGACAAGGGCGACAGCAACAGCUCCGCCGGGUGGAAGGUCAGCAGGGGGGGGAAGAACGGGGCGAUUUCGUUUAUUUUAUUUUUUGCAAAAAAAAAAAGUUUGCAAAGUUUGCUUUGGCGUGCAAGCAGGGAAAGUGGCCGGGCUCUGCAAGCUCUGCCUCCCUCCUCGACGGUCCGCGUUGAUAGGGCAGCAAAGGGGAGGGUGAAGGUGAAGGAAUUGCGGCAGGGUUUUGCCUCCCCUUUUCCUCGCCUCCGCCAUCCCAGCAGACCCGGGAGUUGACGGCUGCUCCGCCUGCGUCGCCUUUUCCCUCUGCGCCACUUGCAUCCCGACGCUUAGGGCAUGCCCAGGCCGAGGGGGGUUCGGUUUGCCCGUGCUUUCGAUCUCUCUUCUGAACCCGCCACCCACCCCCUGGCUCUGGGACGUGGGAGAAUGCUAAGCACUCGGUGUAUCCGAGUAGACGGCCGGUCCCCAGAUAGUUCUGUGCCUUCCUGCCUUUGUCAAAGUUGGUCGAGCUGGAUGUGUAACUCGGCGCACAGCUGGCUGCAAGUUCGAGCUGUGUCAUUUCCUCUGGCAGAUUUGAGAGGCCCUUAAAAGUGACGGUGAUUCGAUCCUACUUAGGGUCGAGUUUGGGGAGGCUCUGGGGCAGUUCAGGAGGAGAUAGCUUAUUGCUCUGUUCGGCUAAAAACACAGAUAGCAGACUGAAUGUGUGAUGGGUCUAGAUGUGUGAACAAAUUCGAGGUUAGUACCCUGCUUUUGAUUGAUUUAUUAUAACUCUGUGCUGCUUUUCAUUCAAAUGAACACCAAAGCGGCUUCCAAACAACAACAACAUGAUAGAACAUCACAAAUACAGCACAAAUCAUAUAGAAUAAUUAACAAAUCGUCAGUAAAACAAUUGCAAUCUAUAAAAAGCUGUUAACAAAACUAAAGCUAAACAUCAGAAUUAAAGCAAAAGUCAUAGCACAUGAUUAACAAAUCAAUACGGCCUUUAUAAUAUAUAAAACAAUAUUAACAGGGUUAAUAAUACAGCAACCAAGAGAUAAACUAAGUACUGCUAAGUUUAUGUAUAAACACUCUCCACACCCACAUUAUUAAGUUGGUCUCACCAAGACAGAUGUAUACAGUGGUACCUCGGGUUACAUACACUUCAGGUUACAGACUCCGCUAACCCAGAAAUAGUACCUUGGGUUAAGAACUUUGCUUCAGGAUGAGAACAGAAAUCGCACGGCAGCAGCGGGAGGCCCCAUUAGCUAAAGUGGUGCUUCAGGUUAAGAACAGUUUCAGGACCUCCGGAACAAAUUAAGUACGUAACCAGAGGUACCACUGUAUGCUGCUUUCCUGAAAUCUGUUCUGAUGGUAGCCAUUGCCAGGAAAUGCAUGUUAAUUUCUGCACAGCUUGCUUUGAGAGACUACACAGUAGUAUAAAUGAAUAGGACAAUUUCUGUCUGAAAAAGUCUAAACUUACUUUACUAAGGAAACAGUUGCCACACACUCAUUUACUAAUACAGUAAUGUAUCUCUGUGUAGAUAUCCCCUGGUAUAAAGUAAAACACGUUGGGAUAUUUAACCUUUUAAUCUUCCUUACAGAGGAAGUUGCUGAUUUAUUUUGUGGCUGGAUAGCAUCUGUUGGGUCCUGAACUGCUCAUUGGCUAGUGAGGGAUCUAUUAAGGGGUUUCUUAGGGAAAAUAUUUUUGAACAGAGCACAGGUAGUUAAGUGGUUUUCUCUGGCAUUUAUUUAUUGCCAAAAUAGGGCAAUCUAAAUUAACACAGUAAGCAAAAUUAUUGGAGAUUGGCAAUAGAUGUCAGAUAACUGUAAAUAAAAAAGGAGGCAUACAACUGACCCAAUAUGCUAAGGAUAAGGAAUUGGCAAUCUCUCUGCCAAUCUGCUCUUUGGUUGUGCUGUGUGAUCCUUUCAAUUUCCAACCCCAGAAGAAAAGGAGGAAUGUGAGUAAGCUGCAUUUUGGGCAAUGAGAUUUGGUAGCAUUUCAUUUGGAAGAGGGAAAUGAAGUAUUGGCCUUUCCACCCCCUCCCCCACUCUUUCAGAGGGAAAAAACAAAACCCUAGUUGCUAAUGAGGUGCUUUUCACUUGGUACCCCACAUAUGAAAUCAAUUAUUGGCUGAGUUAAUGCCAUGACUGUUUAGCCGUGUGUUAGCUAAGUUUUAGAAAUCAAGUUUCCAUUUUCAGAUAAGCUAAAUGUGUAUGAUGUACAUCUUUUUCUGUUGAGCUGCUGGUUGGACUGCAACUCCAGCAACAGUACUUAGAAAUACAAUAAAUCCUGCCAAAGAUUUUCUGUUUCAGUAAGAGGGAAUAGGGAAGCUUUGAGAGAGUUCACAAGCGGAUAUUCAGUGGUCAAUAUUAAGCUACAUAUAUCAACACUUAUGUGGUUUAAUUUUUUUAUGUGCAGAGCCCUGAAUUUAAUUUAUUCAUCUGUUAUUUACCUUACAUAACAAUGCUGCAAGUAUUUGAUAGCCAGGUUGGUACAUAUGAAUUUUCCCUUGUGGAGAAAAUAGUUUUUACUGGCUUAGGAUAAAAUGUAGGUGUUUACCCAGGUAAAUACUGUCAUAUGGUAAAGCUAAGCAAGGCAUUUGCUACAUAAGUCAGUGCUUCCUGUGCUGGUAGACUGCAUCUAAUUAGGCACAAGUAAUGGCCACACACUUUAUUGAUGGCAAACUAAAGCUAGACUUUGGCUGAUUCUACACAAUUUGCAUUCUGCCAUUUUCAUCCUUGAUGUGAAACCUGCCUUUGACAUAUUGUAGUAGUAUACAGACUUAGAAAUAAUCAUGCAUUCAAAAUAAAAGAAAGAUUGAUUUGUGGCUUCUCUUGAGAGCUUCUCUCUAGGAGCUUUAAAUGCCUGUUUAUUUUAAUGAAAAAUGGGAGUCUUGGGAAGCUAUGCAACUUUACUAGACGGAUACAAAAAUACUUUGUAGUUUUUCUAUUGCUUACAAGCAUAAUGAACCUCCUAACUUAGUUCACAGGAGCUGUGCUUGAUGCUAACCUCUAAGAUACAGUGCACGUGUUUGCAUGAUCAUAAACAGCAAUUGUUUUCUCCACUGAUAGGCGCUUUUUUCCAAUUUUUUAAAUUGAUUUUCCACAUUUAUAACAAAUAUAUAAGACACAAAACAAAACACAUUAAAAUACCAAAAGAAAAAAGAAAUAAAAAUAAAAGCACUUAUUACUUCCAAAAUCCAAAUUAACUUUCAUUGUUAUCUAACUUCCUCAAAUCCCCUCUAACUGAAUUUCAUUGUGACUCCUUUGUAACAGUUCUCCAAGAUCAUCUUUCUAAUAAAAUUAACUCCUUCAAUUUACUAUCUUCAUCUCUUUUCUUAUUGGCUUAAAUCCAUAUUAAUAUACAACAUUCUUAUUCUAAUCCUAGGCCUAUUUGAUACUUUCAACUACCUUCUAAUUAUCUUAUAUUACAAUAUUUAGCUAGAUAAUCUUUAAAUUUCUUCCUACACUGAUACGCUUUCAGCAAAGUAGAUGUCCUUUGUAGUAUUGUCUCAUAUUUGACCUGGAGUAGUCAUUGAGAUGGUUGCAUUCCUUAAUAAGUCAGAGUAGAAUUUGCCCCUUUUAUGAUUUUUGAUUAGUCAUGUACUGGAUUGCUUUUCUAAUGAGAGCACUGCCCUAUCGCUUCCAUCAGUUGCUUGCAGUUUUAUUGUAUCACCUGUGGUGUCAUCAGUUGAACUUGCCUCGGUUAUUUUUCUUUUGAUGGCAGGUGCCCCCCUAACCAUCUAUCUUAUAUGCCUGUAAGCAGGCACCAACCCAUACCUUAAUGUGACCCCCCCCCCGGAAGUUAACAUUUUAAAUUUGCAUUUGUUUUAGAUUUCUGUUAAGCAGUUCCCCACAAUUAUUUUAAGAAGAUUUUAUAUACUUUUUUGUUAAGUUCUGCAGUUGUAAAGGGAGGUGGAAAAAGGAAUGCUAAAACACAUUUGGUUAUACAGUAUAUUUUGUGGCAUCUUUAAAAGUUAAUGCAGUGGUACCUCGGGUUAAGUACUUAAUUCGUUCCGAAGGUCUGUUCUUAACCUGAAACUGUUCUUAACCUGAAGCACCACUUUAGCUAAUGGGGCCUCCUGCUGCCGCUGCGCCGCCAUAGCACGAUUUCUGUUCUCAUCCUGAAGCAAAGUUCUUAACCCGAGGUACUAUUUCUGGGUUAGCGGAGUCUGUAACCUGAAGCAUCUGUAACCUGAAGCAUAUGUAACCCGAGGUACCACUGUAGAUGGGAUAAGCUUUUGUGGGCCAGAGCCCAAAAACAAUAACACAUCCCAAUGAGAACUGUCUGCUUAUACUGUCAUACUGUUUGUGAGUUAUCUGCACCAGUUGAAUCUUGUCAGGAAGUACAGUGAUUGAAAUCUGCAUUGUACUUUUGGUGAUUUUACUUACUAAAUCUAGUCUUAGCAAUCCUCUGUGCUUGUGUAUCUGAAGAAGUGUGCAUGAACACGAACGCUUAUACCCAGAACUAACUUAGUUGGUCUCUAAGGUGCUACUGGACAAUUUUUAAAAUUUAUUAUGUCUUUUACCAUUAGUCAAAAACAAUUCUCCAUUCCUAGUGGCAUUUAUGUGAAUUCUGGUUAAGUAGAUCCUAGUAAUCUAGUUUUACUUGUUUCUCUGGACGGAAAAAUGAGGCAGGAUUAUAACUGGUUGCCAAAACAGGAAUAUCAAUACCUGAAAAUUAGUUUUAGGUAUUUCAUAUAUUUUUUUCCUCUAAAUGGAAGGGAGGUUGUGCAAUAAAAUCUGUUACUCUCCAGUAAUGAGGGCUCCUGACAUCACCCUUAAGGAAUUGAUUCUGUUGCCCCAAAAUUUCCAUUUUCUCAGUGUUUAGUGGACACUAUGAUCCUCCCCUCCCCACAACAUUAGAGGCCGAGUUCUCUUCUUUGGUGACUCUUAAGCACACUGACAUUUCUCUAUUAUUUUUUUGAAAGGGGCUAAACAUCAGGAAAAGCUACCCUUUUUCAUAACCACUAUUUGAAAAGAAAAGGGUCCCAUUGCUAGAACACACACCGCCCUGGUUAUUAUGAUUUUUAAUGGCAGCAGUGCUGUUUUGGGAGCCCAUAAAUGUGUUUGGCAGGUGCUAGCCAUAAAUCUUAACUGGGCCAGCUGUCUCUGGUCGCCCAACACAAAGUGAGAGUCCUCUUCCGUUCUCUGUGUCUCUCUCCCCACAUACACACGGCAAAUAACUUUAAAAGGCGGAAGAAUCUCUCACUUUAUACUGGACAGGAGACACAGACCCUUCUUGUCCCGCGAGUAUUCUGACAAACUAUUUUUAUUUAUUUAAUAGGUUUUAUGGAGAACUUGCAGGAAGGGAGGAGUCAGUCUCUCGCUUCACAUCAGGCUUUGGAGACACCUCAAAGUGCUGAGGAUCUUUCAUUGAUUCCAAGUGUCUUUAAAUCCCAGUGUGAAGUGAGCAAUGAAUCCCUUUUCUCAUCUGCAUGUUUUUCUGCACAUGCCAGAGGCAUAUACAUAAGAAAGUGCUCUGCUGAUAAUUCCUUUGUCUGCAAAAACUGGGUUUCCUGGUUGCUUUUUGACGCUUUGCCUAUAUCUCUCAUUAGAGUGGAAGAAGUGACAGCUGCUCACAGGAAACAAGGACUUGGCAGUGAUUUGGCAGCGUUGUUUUCCCCACCCCAAAGUGGAAUCAAAGCGAUAAAUUUAUACUCCUUCAAACUGUCUUCUUGUAUGGGAAAACAUUUGUUGUUGUUGUUGUUGUUGUUUCUUCUUUAAAAAUUGCUGUGCAAACACAUCUUGUACCAGGAACAGAAAAGUAAGCUGCCCAGUGUUGUUAUUCCUAUUCCUGAAGAUGAGGGUGAGGCUUAGAGAUACAGUGGUGCCUCACAAGACGAAAAGAAUUCGUUCUGCGAGUCUUUUCGUCUUGCAAUGUUUUUCGUCUUGCGAAGCACGGUCCGUCGCAACUGCGCCUCUUCAAGCGGCUUUUUAAAAAAAGCGCAAGACGUUUUCGUCUUGCGAAGCAAGCCCAUAGGGAAAUUCGUCUAGCGAAGCAACGCAAAAACGGAAAACCCUUUCGUCUAGCGAGUUUUUCGUCUUGCGAGGCAUUCGUCUUGCAGGGCACCACUGUACUGUCAGUGUUGUAGGUUGGGCAUAGUUCAUUGUUAUCUCCAUAUUGCAGGCUUGGUAGUUGAGGGAGUGAGUAGUUUACAAGAACCUUGAAUUGCAGUCCGUUAGUGGUCCCUGCAUUUCAGGCUGCUGUGAGAGGAUGAGAUUGAUAGCGGGUUUCUAAUUAGGGUUUGAAUAACUGAUAUCUACUUCAUCUGUACUAGUGAAAUACAAUUGCACAGUAAGGUAAAGGGACCCCUGACAGUUAGGUCCAGUCGUGGCCGACUCUGGGGUUGCGGCGCUCAUCUCGCUUUAUUGGCCAAGGGAGCCGGCGUACAGCUUCCGGGUCAUGUGGCCAGCAUGACUAAGCCGCUUCUGGCGAACCAGAGCAGCGCACGGAAACACCGUUUACCUUCCCGCUGGAGCGGUACCUAUUUAUCUACUUGCACUUUGACGUGCUUUCGAACUGCUAGGUUGGCAGGAGUUGGGACUGAGCAACGGGAUUCGAACCGCCGACCUUCUGAUCAGCAAGUCCUAGGCUCUGUGGUUUAACACACAGCGCCACCCACGUCCCUUUACAAUUGCACAGUACACCUGUGCUAUUAACAUUAGCAUAAGUUGUGGUGGGGAUGUGCUGCUCAUCCCCAGCUGUGUCAGUGUGGUUGGCACAAUGCGAAUACAGGCGCAGGAGUGCCAGAUGGGCUUCACCAGCAUGCUUGCACCACACUGACCUCACCACUUUAUUUAUUUUGCCUCUCCUGCACUCUGUCCCAGUAUAUAGCAGCAACUCGGCUGGAGGGAGGUCAGGUGAGUGGUACAGCUCCACCACACCUUCCUCUAUGGUUUAUUAAGAUACAGAUAGAGCAGUUGCAUAACAGGAUAUGCAGAUGUCACAUGAACAUGUUUUGCCAAGUGCUCAUUGCAUAGUCACAUUCAAAAUAAACUAUACAGCAGUAGAAGAUGUAUCACACAAGUCAUACCCCAGGUUGUGGGAAAGGCUGCCUCCUUUGCUGGAUCAGGCCUCCCCCCCAACUUGCAAGCAAGAUAUUGACUGAAGGCAGAUGCCUUGUACUCCUUUAAGUUGCAUGGAGAUGUGCUGUGCACAUGCUGCUCUUGGAGAAACUGAUGGAAGAUGACAAAUUAAUUUAGAAAGAGGAAGGCAUAGGGCACCCUGCUUUUUCCAUCUCUGCAUCUAGAAGGCUUUGGAAAGAGGAGGUUCUGGAAAGGGCAGCCAAAAUGAGCAAGGGGAUGAAGGAGCUCUGCUAAGAGGAAAGUUUAAACAACAUUUGGGGCUGUAAUGUUUACAGAAAAGGCAAAGAGACCUAAGAGAGGUGUAUAAAAUUGUGGAGGAACUGGACAGAGAAAAAUUGUUCUCCCUGUCUCAUAACACUAGAACUUGGGGACAUCUGGUGAAGUUGAAUGUUGGAACUUUCAGGACAAAGAAAAGUAUAGAAUCAUCGAGUUGGAAAGGGACCCGAGGGUCAUCUAGUCCAACCCCCUGCAAUGCAGGAAUCUCAAUUAGAUCAUACAUGACAGGUGGCCAUCCAACCUCUUCUUAAAAACCUCCAUGGGAGGAGAGUCCGCCGCCACCUCUUGUGGGAGUCAGUUCCACCAUUGAACAGCUCUUACUGUCAGAAAGUUAUAUUGAUGCUUAGCCAGAAUCUCCUUUCUUGUACAGUAACUUGAAUCCAUCGGUUCGGGUCCUAGCCUCCAGAGUGGGAGAGAACAAGUACCUUUUUCCACAAGGCAUGUACUUAAAUUAUGGAAUUUGCUCCCACUAGAGAGAGAGAUUGCUGCCCGUGUGGAUAGCUUUAAAAGAGGAUUACUGUACACAAAUACAUCAAGGAUAAGACUGUCUGUGGAAACUAGACAGGAUGGCUGUGUUCUGUCUCCACCGUUGGAGGCAGGAUACCACAAUCUGAAUUCCAGCUGCUGGGAAUUCCCAGGUGGGAAGAAUGCUGUUGCACACAGGUUCUGAGCUUCCAUAGUCCUAGUCUAGGGAUUCUGGACUUAGAUGGGCCUUUGGCACGACCAGCACGCUCUCCUUACGUUCUUACUUGUGUGGUUGCCAUUGGUGGUGACUACAAAAUGACUCACAACCAAGGCCAACCAAAAUCUAGGGAACUUGGUCUACCCACAUUACGUUGAGGUGGGAUAUUUAUAGUGUAGGAUUUAGUACAAAGAUAUCGCCAAGAGGAGGGGGUAGUCUUGUAGGGAGUUUUAAGAUUUAACAGCAGAAUCUUAGUCAGUUUGAAGAGUUUAGUAAGAAUGUUCUGGUAAAUUGCUUAGCCCUCUGUUGGCAGCUUGUUUGAUUUCUGUGCACGCUUGUGAGCGUGCGCAAUGGAGGAAUAGACUGCUCUGCCAGUCUUCCCACCAACCCUCUUACUCUUACUGCGUGGAAUUCCAUGCAGUUCCCUGCAGGCAGUUCUUUGUUGCCUGUGGCUACAAGGCUAAUGUUGGCUUACGCACAAGGCUGGAAUAAGGAAUGUGUUAUUAAGUACCCACUUUCCUUCUAGAUAUGAAAAACAGAUGAAAAGCAAAGAAGUGUUUGUUUCUGAUUUCAGAAGCAAGAAACAGUGUGAUGUUUCUUCAUUUUAAUAUAAGUUGUACAUCUCUAGAGUUUAAUUUUCUUAGACUGCUUUCCAAAGUUACUUUACAUCCUCUUUAUCAAUGUAGUAAAAACCACAGAACAUUGAAUAAGUCUAAAGCUACAAAAUAGAGGAACGUUUUCAAAUAAUAAUAAUAAUAAUAAUAAUAAUAAUAAUACAGGAAUAAUAUUUCUGUAUUAUUUGCUGUUGUGCUUGAAGAAUAAGGCUGACAAGUUAGUUGCGGUCUUGUUUAGGAAACGGCUCUUUAUCUGGAAAUCAUGAUGGAGGGUGUUAAUUAGAAUGAGGACACAAAUGUGAUUUUGACACCUGUCUGCUGCUGCACAACUUGAAAAGCUGCAGUGCUAAUAGUAGCUUUCAUUCUGUGUCAUAAUGGGUAGAACUGAAGUCAACAACACAAUUCAGGGGCCUUAAAUGGGGACAACGUAGUUCAAUACGUUCAAGAGACCCUAGAAUUUCCCCCCUGCUAAUUUCUUUCCCGAAUUAUCUCCCAGCUUUCUGUAGAAGAGGGUUUAAAACUUUUAUCAGUCUAAACUGUAGAGAAAAUCUUGCGUGGUGUUUUCUGCUUAUCUUUAUGGUCCUAAAUAUUCCUGUGACACUGGCUGUUCACUUCUAUAUGUCCUCUUGCGCUACAGCAGUUAGGUGGGUGGCCUUGAGCAAAUCACUGCCUGAUAUGUCUUGCAGGGAUAGUGUUGGGGGUGAAACGAGAGAAUCUUGUGUGUACCUUCCUGAACAUGUUGUAGGAAAGUUUUCGAACACGUGGUCAACAAAUAAAUAACAGUGGUUUGUGGGGUGAUGAACUGCGUCAGCCUUCAGGCAAUGAUCUAAUCAAUUCCAGUUGAUGGUGAUCUUGUUCUGUAUGACAUCUUUCUGGUUUUGCCCUGUAGGUUCUUGCAGAGCUCUUCAGCCAGUUAUGCAGUACUGAUGCAAUUGCAAAGGCGAGCACUAUUUUAUAUACACACAAACACACACAAAAACUGAAGAGGUUGUGAACUGGAAUGAAUACUAAUGUCAGCAUCCAAUAAUUGUUCAGAGGCAAUUUUUAAACUGUUUUCUUUUUUAUUCUUUUUAUCAAUUGGGAAGUUUUUAAUAUUUAAUGCUGUAUUGUUUUUAACACUUGAUUGGAAGCGACCCAGAGUGGCUGGGGAAACUCAGCCAGAUGGGCGGGGUAUAAAUAAUAAAUUAAUAAUAAUAAUAUUAUAAUUUAGUAGACUUAAGUUCUGCCUUUCCUCCAUCACGGAACUCAAGAUGGCAUACAUGGGAUUCUGGGGUUGUUUCUCAUCCAGACCCAGACUUGCUUAGCUUAAGUAAGAUGGCUGCAUCCUGUGCCCUCAGACCAUUUCCUGAUUCUGCCUCCACCUUCCCCAUUCUAUUUCCUCUGACUGUUCCUCAUUUCCAACAUGCUACCUACUACUGUAGUGAUGCUACCUUUAUGUGCCUGCUCAGCAGUUUAGAGCCAUUCAGGAUAGUUCCACUGCACUGUUUCUAGGGGGAUAUAUUGCAGUUCUGUGACAACUGCAUGUGGUUUCCCUCUUUUCCCUCUCCUGGCUCUGGAGCCAAGUGAGGAUUCCCAGGUAAAAUCCUCCCUCUAUUGUGUGGGCAGGUAGUCCCUCCCCCACCUGGCCUGGUCUCCUUGGCAACGGUUCCCCCAGGUGGGAUUGGACAGCUGACUGAGGUAGGUGGAGACCUCCAGGUAUCCCACCUGAGGGAAGGGGAAGCCAAGCCUAUGCUGAUGGAGCCGCUCCAGAUCCAGGGGCUGCGCGCGUCCACGCAAAGGGCGCCCCCCGUUUUUAUGCGGGGAACGGUCAUUGCAGUUCUGUGACAACUGCAUGUGGUUUCCCUCUUUUCCCUCUCCUGGCUCUAGAUAUCUGCCAGCCCACAGAUGCAGAGUGUCAGAGCCCAGGUACUUGUUGAGCACAUGGUGGCAAUAGCACUGCUUCUCUGAAUAGGAAGAAGGGUCAAGAUGGGCAUUCAGGUAUUGCUGGGUCUGGGGAGAGAGAGAAGAAAAUGCAUUGUGCCACUUGGCUGCUUUCCUUCAAAGGGCUGGUAACUGCACAGUUGUUAAAGUGGAUUAUUUAAAUAAGGUUAAAUAUUUGUACUUUAACCAGCCAUGCUAAAGAAAUCCUGCAAAUCUGAUAUCCCUACUAUGCAUUUCUUUACAAGAUCACAAUCUGCUUUUUAUUGGGUGUGUUUUUUUGGGGGGGGUGUCUCCUGUUCUGGGCUGGGGGAUUUAUUGACAAAUAUAUUCUGAUUUGACCCUUGAAUAGCUUCUCAGAUCCCCAGAUGUCCGUAUUUCUUCUUUGGCAUGGUGGGGAGCGUUAUUGAUCUACCUCUAGUUACGGUAUAUUUUAAUGGUAAAAUAAUGAGAGGAAAUCACCUGCCCUCACCUCCACGGGAAAAGAAACUGAUAUUGAGAUAAUUAUAUAGGCCUUUUCAAGGGUCAAAUCAGAGGCUAUUUGUUACUUAUCUGAUCUGAAUCAUCAGGAAGCAGUAAAACUGGCUGCACCUUUCAAUGAGAUUAGAAGGGACCUUUGUGGACUGGAACUUACUUAUGAGUAGACAUCAUAGAAGGGCCUUGGCUAGGAGAAGAAUGUUGGUUGGUGAUGUAACAGCAUUUUAAAUGCUUUGUGAACCCUCCAUUUAAAUUCCAUAUCCAGGUAAUUUUAAAAAAGUGACUCCUCAGCUUCAGUGAAGAGUUCUAGUACAGAAACUCCUCAUGACAUUUAAAACAUUUCCUCAGUGCAAUUAAGCGGUGCUACAAGGAAACUAAUCAAUGUAGAACACUCCCAUUCAUUUUGCUCCUCCCUAAUAACCAGGUUAAAUGCAAAGUAAAGACUUGACAUAGAUGUAUUUUGAAAUUUGUGAUUUUAAUUGAUGUUGGCACAGGGCUAUAGAUAUAUGGACACAUGGGGUGCUCCAAGUAAGAGACCUGAAAGGUUUGGGGUGGAGCAGUGGUGAAGAUCCCACAGGAGGACUCAGACAGAAAUGGAAGCAGGGCCACAAAUAUAACACAGAAUGGUAUACAAAGGUUCAAGCUGGGGUGCCCAUCUGGAAGAGGCUGGAAGGGACAUUCAUGGGAGCAGCAAGGAGCCAGGCAGACAAGGAAACUGGAAGUCUGGGAGGAAAACAAGUGGGGAAACCAAAGGAUAGAUGGCUGGGCUGACUGGUCUUCUAAGAGACCAGUCUAGAUAGAGAAAGGCUAGAUAGAUAGAUAUAGAAUUUGGCUGGUACAAUUAAGGAGAACCAAUAAGUUGUCUGUGAUGGAUAGAGCUCUUAGGAGGACACACUGCCUGUUUUUCUUCACUCUGCAGUUUCACAUAGCUUAUCAUAAGGGGUAACCUUUUAACAAAUAGGAGCCUCCUAGUUUGAGUGGUGGAAGAUCUUGAUAACUACACAGAGAAGUGGACCACAUCCACACUACAUGUUUGAAGCACUAUUGUGCCACUUUAACUGUCAUGGCUUCCCCCAAAGAAUUCUGUGGUUUGGUGAGGGUGCUGAGAGUAGUAACGAAACGUGCAUUUUCCUCACAGAACUACCGUAUUUUUCGUUCUAUAGGGCGCACCGGCCCAUAGGACGCACCUCGUUUUUUUGGGGGGGAAAUGAAUAAAAAAAAUUAUUCCCCCCCCCCGCCGCGGCUGCCGCCCCAAGCCUUGUGCACACCUGCAAGAAGCACGGGGCACCCUCCGGAGGGCUCCCCGUGCUUCGGGCGACAGGCUGCCGCCCCAAGCCUCGCGCGCUCGGCGGGACCUCCUGCCGGGCGCGCAAGGCUUGCGGACACUCGCCGGGGCUGCAGGCUGCUGCCUGCAAGCCUUGUGAGCCCGCGGGAACUCCCACCGGGCUUGCAAGGCUUGCGGAUAGCUUCCUGAAGCCUGGAGAGCGAGAGGGGUCGGUGCGCACCGCUGCCUCUCGCUCUCCAGGCUUCAGCGAAAGCCUGCAUUCGCCCCAUAGGACGCACACACAUUUCCCCUUCAUUUUUGGAGGGGAAAAAGUGCGUCCUAUGGAGCGAAAAAUACGGUACAAUUCUUAUAGUUCCCUGGGAAGGAGGAUUGACUGUUAUACAACUUACGGAAUUGUAGCCCUAAAAGGGGAACUUGAUUUAUUUUAUUAACACAAUUUAUUAGGUACCAGUUGAUUGUAAUAACACCUCUAAGCGGUUUACGAUAAGUAUUAAGAAUAUUAAUGAAAACUAUUAAAAAUAUGUGGAGAGCAUUAAAAUUGUAGAGAUUAAAACAUGCCAGAAACUAUGCAUCUGGAUAGGGUUGCCUUUUAAAAAUGCUUUAAGCAGGCGCUGAAAAGACAUAUGUCAAUAGGCAGGGAGUUCCACAGUCUUGUUGCUGCCAGACUAAAAGUUUGAUCUUACAACUGCAAACGUGUAUUACGUGGCACCUGUAGAAAUUCCUCUUCCACAGAUUGCAGCAGUUGAAUGGGCACAUAGGGAGUAAGACAAAUAAGCUGGCUCCACACUGUUAAUAACACCUUGAACUUUGCACGGUAACAAAUCAGGAACCAAAAUGCAGAAAAUAAAAAUGAAUUGAUACAAAUCAGCAACCGGUGCACAUCUCUUAGUAGAGGUGUUAUAUGUUGACAAGGUCUCAUCCUGUCAGCAAUCGUGCUACAGCAUCCUGCACUAACUGCUGUUUCUGGGUCAAGCACAAGAGAAGCCACUCAGGGAGGGUAUUGCAAGUAUGUGGUAAUCCAAUCUUGAAGUUACCAGUGCCUGAACCACAGUGGUCAAGCUCUCCCGGUCCAGGAAUAGUGGUCAUGCAGGUACAGUUAGUAAAAUAUGUUUUUAAGUUACUGAGGCUACCUGGGCCUGCAGUUACAAAGCUGCAUCCAGUAGCACCCUCAGAUUGCAUGCUUGCUCCUUCAGGGGGAGUGCCAAGUGUAGGAAGCUCCCAGAAUUCCUUGGGAGAAGCCAUGACUGUUAAAUUGGUAUAAUAGUGUUUUAAGUGCAUGGUGAGGAUGUGCUUUUGGAGAUGGAUAGUUGUGGUUUCCAAGUAAUUGGUGUACUGGAUGGUGGAAACACCUUGUCCAUGUCAGUUGUUUUCUUGUGCAAAGUAAAACUCCAAUACAGGAUAUUUAUGUACAGUUGUACCUCGGGUUACAGACGCUUCAGGUUGUGUUUUUUUCGGGUUAUGGACCGCCGAAACCCAGAAGUACCGGAACGGGUUACUUCCAGGUUUCGGCGGUUGCACAUGCGCAGAAGCACUAAAUCACGCUUUGUGCAUGCGCAGAAGCGCCAUCUGCGCAUGCGCAGUCGCGGGUUGCGAUCGCUGCGGGUUGCAAACAUGCAUCCCGCACGGAUCACAUUCGCAACCCGAGCGUCCACUGUAUAUAGAAGUUAACCUGUUCUUCAUCUGUAAAGAUUCCUUGUGUGGUUUACCUUGGAUCAGCAACAAGCAGGACAGUCCCUGUUCUCAGGCUUGCAGUCUAACAUGCAUGAAAAAAGGGAUGAAGAGGAAAACAAGCAAACUCAUGUGCCAGCUCUUAAAGCUGCGAAGUUCUUAUAACAACCAGCUUGAUAGAAAACAAUUGUAGAAGAGGAGCAAAAUGGAUAUGAUUUCUCAGCAGAGCUGGUUGAGUGGCCUUGCUUCCUGUCUCUCCCUCUGUUGCAGCCUUAAAAAGUCCAGAUUUCUCUGUGUAUGGUCAUUCAUUGGCUGAAAGUUAUUUUUGUCUUACCUGCUGAUUAAAUUAGUUGGGAUGAAUGUAUAGUAGGAAUGCAUGUACAGAGGAAGGAGACAAAUAUUCUCAUCUGUCCACCUACCACUGGCAUAGAAAUGAUCUGCCAUUUAGAUUAAUUUUGGCAAAAGUAGACUGAUACUUAAAAAAAUAUUGGCAUGAUUUUGGGGUGAUCUGGGGAUGUUGGCUAGUAGAACAUACUUUUGUUUUAUUCUUUCUCUGAUUCUCUUACUGCAUUCCCAGGAUUAAGUCACCGUAAUAUUAAUUGCAUGCAAAGAGAUGGUUUCUAUAGGGCUCGUAAUGAAAAUAUCUGCACAGGGCACAUGCCACAGAGCAGGUGUGCUUUUCCAAAACUCUCUGUAUCUACAAAUCCACAGUGCUUCUGCCCUUAGUUUGUGCUAGUGCUAGGAAAGUUAUAAAGUUAUUUAGAAGUGUGGGGAAAGGAUGCAGUGUCGGCAUGAAGUCUUCUAUGCCAUGUACCAUAUUUUUCCGUGUAUAAGAUGCCCCCUAUUUUUUUUAACCCAAAAUUAAGAAAUUAAGUUGUUUAGCUUUUUUUGGUGUGGGGGGGAGGUAACUUCCACCAAUCGUUCACCCGCCUGCCCGCCACUGCUGAUCGCUUGGCACAGCCACUGCUGAUUGCACACCUCACCGCAGCCGCCAAUUGUCUGCCCGCUCGCUGCCACCAACAGCCCGCCCACCCACUUGCCGCAGCCGCCAACUGCCCCAGCCAAUCGCCAGCAGGCCUUGCCGCAGCCACCAAUCACCUGCCCAAUCGUCGCUGCCAAUCUCCUGCUUGCUGCUGUCAUUAAUUGCACAUCACCCAUCCUUCUGCAUUCACUAUCCGUGUAUAAGAAGACACCCAAUUUUUGCCUAAUUUUUUAAAGCAAAAAGCAUUGACUUAUACAUGGAAAAAUACGGCAAUUCUUGCUUGUGGGGGAAGGAGCUGCUUUUUCCAUGCUUCCACUUUUAUACCAUUACUGAAUUUUGUGCCAGUAUUUUAAAAAUUUGGAUCAUUUUGUCACAGUCAGGAAUAGCAAAGGGCAAAAAGAAGAGUCGUAUCAGCAAAAAUAGUACAGAGUUAUCCUUGGUCUUCAGCAGAUGCUGCUCACACUUCUUCAGAUUUUCUCCUGCAGUCACAAAAGUUAGAUAAAAAGACUGAAAUCCAAACCUUAGAUUUCCAGCAAAGCAUAUUCUUUGCAAGGUUUUACCCAAGCAGAACUGCCUAGUUUGUUGUUGCCUACAAUUGCAAGAAUGCAUUGAUUCUACAUACCCAUUGUGACAGUAAUGGUUUUAAAGAGUAGCUGUUGAUAUGCACUUCCAGUGCUAGGAAGAAACUUCCAAGAAUAGUAUUGAAUAUAUUUUAUGUGUUUCCACAAACUGUGAUGUUCAACAGAAUUGAAAGGCACUAUCAGAGGCUGCUGGUUUGCACCUGAAAAUGUCACAGUUUGCUUAGGCAAUGAACAUCUUGCUCUUUUAACUAGGCUCUGUUCCUUAUCUCUGAGCUACACAGGGUGUGUCUCAUAAGAAGGCAGCUCAGUCUACACCGCAUCCUGAGACCUGCCACUCUUUGUUCUGAUUAGCUCACAAUUCACCACCAUUUCCGGUUUCAUGCUGAAAAUGCUGCGCCUCAUUAAUGAGGUAUUUCUGCCAUUCGUCUGGAUGGAAAUACCUCCUUUUCUUUGCCAUUGUUUCCUUUAUUAACUGAUUAUUUUAGUACAUUUGUCUCUGUAAGCCGAGGGUGGACAACUGUUUUGCUCCGGAGGGGGUGGGGGUAAGGAGGUGAGGCACGUGCUGGCAGUGGGGGCCGGGUUGGCAGUCAUUGGGGGCAGAACAUGAGCUCCCUCUCUUGCCCUCCUCAGUUAUCUCUUGUGCACCCCCUAAAUAAAACUAUCCACUUGUUUUCCCACCCCCAUCUUGGUACAUGGGAGAUUUAAGGAUCCCUUCCCUUUGGCACCGAGAUUGCUCCAUGCCUCCCUGCUGACAAGUUCGUAAUGUUGGGAACAGCGAAGGAGCCUUCGAAUGGCAUGGGGGACAGAAUCAGAAGGGAGAGGUUUCACCAGAAGUUGGCCACUGGCUCAUUGUGGCCUGUGGGUUGUAUGUAUGGGCUGUAAGCAGAAGCUAGAUCUGACAACUUAAUGAUCCAGAUGACCUGGUAUUCACAAUUUCUCGUUGAAGUUACUGUGCUAUGGCACACUGUGUCUUAUAUUAGUGGGUAAGGUAAAGGUAAAGGUACCCCUGCCCGUAUGGGCCAGUCGUGUCCGACUCUAGGGUUGUGCGCCCAUCUCACUUAAGAGGCCGGGGGCCAGCGCUGUCCGGAGACACUUCCGGGUCACGUGGCCAGCGUGACGAAGCUGCUCUGGCGAGCCGGCACCAGCGCAGCACAUGGAAACGCCGUUUACCUUCCCGCUAUAAAGCGGUACCUAUUUAUUUACUUGCACUUAAGGGUGCUUUCGAACUGCUAGGUGGGCAGGAGCUGGGACUGAAAGACGGGAGCUCACCCCUCCGCGGGGAUUCGAACUGCCGACCAUGCGAUCGGCAAGCCCUAGGCACUGAGGUUUUACCCACAGCGCCGCCCGCGUCCCUUUUAUAUUAGUGGGUAGGUGCUUGCAAUUGUGAUAUUAACAAGAUUUUAAAAUAAACAAAUUGAAAAGUCCAAAACCUGCCAGUCCUGGGUAGUGGCAAAAAUAACUGUGUACGUAUGGAUAGAAACAAGAAAUGAAAAAUUCCAAAAGCAAAAGGAGAACUUGAAUUGGAACCCACACCAAGCAGAUAUUAACAAGCUUACUGUGUCCCUUUGUGGCUGGAAAAUAACCUUGGCUAAGGUCUCACUAUGCCUCCAUAGUGGUUUGGGGGAUUUCUGUUCUGAAUUUAUUUGCUUCAUUAAAUUCAAAGCUCCCAAAAUUCAAAAUGAGUAAUUAUUAUAUACAUAAAAUGAACAAAUUACCCCAAAACACAGUAAGAAAAUUAUCCAAAACUUUUGACAUUGAACAGCAGAUUAAAAGUGUCAUGCUAGAGCUCGCUCAUGAAUAUUUUUGUGAUUGUAAGUAAAGCCCAUUUCUUUUUGAAAAUGUUGAAAAUAUGUAGCCUUCAUCAGAGUUCAGAGUUCCACUUUGAAGGAAUCCAACCAAAUGGAAAUAGAUUCCUUAAGCACAACUGCAAAGCUGGAAAGCACUACACCUUGCCCCCAACUAUUCCCCCACAAUCUUGGCUGGUACUCAGGCAUGGACAGCAACAAGCAGUGUUAUAAACUCAGAUAUGAAAGCUAGGAUCUGAAUGGCACCUUAAACCGAGGUUAUGGGCGCAACAAUGGAAUGUCUAGGCGGGCUUUUUUAUAACAAGAAUACAAAACUGAAAAUGAAUGAACUGCAGCUAAAAUAUUGUGUUCAUUUUUCACAUGGUCUAGUCCAGUGUUUUUCAACCACUGUUCCGCGGCACACUAGCGUGCCGCAAGAUGUUGCCUGGUGUGCCGUGGGAAAAAUUGAAAAAUUCGAAAGAUUAAAAAAAAUAAAAUUCAAAUUUUCGCCCACUAGGCGGGCGCCGGACUGUGUCCUGGGUAUGGGGUGGGGUUUUUGACCCCACCCUCGGCCAGCAGGGGCGCCGAUUGGCGCUCCUCAGGGGGACACCCUCCACUUUUCUGAUGUCCGGGCUGUGAUUGGUCCAGACUCCAGCCUGUACCUAUCACAGUAGGACAUCAUCUUCCGACUUCCUUCCCGCCCGAGCACAGUGUGCGCAGCAGCGGAGAGAAGAAGACGUCACGACUCGAGUCACCAGGAGGACCGGAGAAGUUGUCAUUUUAUUUCUCUUCAGUCUCCUCUGAAUGCCUUGACUGGGUUAGGGACCCUUAUAGCUCAGCAUCAGUUGGUGGAAAGGACAUGACUUUACAGGAGCAGGAGGAACUAACUGAACUGAGACAAAAUCGUGGUUUCAAGCUAAGAUUUGCUGAUCUACCUUUGGACAGUUUUUGGUUGGAUACUGCCAAGGAGUUCCCCCUCUGGCAAACAAAGCUAUUUUGACAUUGCUCCCAUUUUCCACUACAUAUCUGUGUGAGAUGAGCUUUUCAAGCAUGAUUGCUAUAAAAACUAAAUACAGAGAGAGACUGAGAGCUGUUGACAAAGAGCUACGUGUGUGUCUUUCUUCGAUUCCAGCCAGAAUAUCAGCUUUGUGUUCAGCCAAACAGGCCCAGGUUGCGCACUGAAUAAAGUAUUUUAUAAUUUUUCAUACUUCUGUUUACUUACUAUUUCAUAAUAAAGUAAUUAUAAAAUACUUUCUUUGUGUUUAUUUGAUUCCUAUUCAAGAGAAUUACUUUAUAUAUAGUCAAUAUAGGCACAGAGUUAAUUUUUUUAACAUUUUCUAAUGGUGGUGUGCCUCGUGAUUUUUUUCAUGAAACAAGUGUGCCUUUGCCCAAAAAAAGUUGAAAAACACUGGUCUAGUCCUUCCCCCGCCCACCCACCUAAUAUUCUUAAGGGGGUCUCUUCUCCAGUCUUCAGAGAGUAGCUGGAAGUGAGGAGACAGAAAAAAAGUCCUCUUUUCCUUCCACUCUGCUGUUUUAAUCUGAAAUCUUGGGCGCAGUAUUGCACACAGAGCUCAGAAACUGCUUGCACUAGUGAAAUUCCCUGUUGCAAAAUGCGCCUAGAACAAUGGGAGUUUCGAACACUGGCAACAAGGUGCAGGUUAAAAGCAAGCUCAGCGGGAGGCGAAGGGGGCAUUGGGACGUGGAGGAAAAUCGCCACCUUUCAGCAAUAGCUCUCUAGUGGGAGGCUCCAGCAUCCCUGCAAAUCUCUCCCUACCUGCCUAACUGGCGGUGUCCCCAGGCAUUCCUUUCUCACCUUUGCAGCAAGGAUACAGUGAAAGAUGGUUGGAGCAUUGGUUGAAUUGGCCUUGCAUUGGCCAAUGCCUCAAGGAACAGCAGCCAGGCUCCCUUGGUAGUGGCAGGCACUCCAGGCGAUGCCUCAAUGAACUCAAGAAUACAGUGGUACCUCGGGUUACAGACACUUCAGGAUACAGAUGCUUCAGGUUACAGACUCUGCUAACCCAGAAAUAGUACCUUGGGUUAAGAACUUUGCUUCAGGAUGAGAACAGAAAUCGUGCAGCGUCAUUAGCUAAAGUGGUGUCUCAGGUUAAGAACAAUUUCAGGUUAAGAACGGACUUCCAGAAUGAAUUAAGUUCUUAACCCGAGGUACCACUGUACUGCCUGUGUGGGAGUGGGGCGUGUGUGUGUUGCUCCAUGCAACUCUGCACUUGACCUGCAAAUUUUCCAAGUCCGGAUCCUUAUGUAGCACAACCCACACAUAAGAGGAGGCUUUCAGUUCUGUUGUGUUCUUACGUUCUGUAUUUUUGCUGCUUUUCUACGUUAUUGAGUAUAUUGUUCUUUUCUCACCUCCUUAUCUGCCCUGAGAGCAUCGUGGUGUGGUUGUGCAUUCCAGUGCUUUGUUUCCCCACAAACCGAUUUGUAGUAGCUUUUUUUUAGAAAAACAAGCAAACAAACAAUAAACUCAUUCUGGAGAAACAAAGCAGCGCAGGAGCUUUGAGAGUUACUGUACCUUUAAUUAAGGUUUUUGGCUUGCAGGUCUGCCAGUUCUAUUGCUUCCUGCUCAGCCUGGCUAGGGAAAUAGUGAUUGAUUGCUGAUUAAUUAGCCGGGGUGGGGGUGGGGUCAAGUACAGUACUGAUUUCCUUGUAUUUUUUAAUUGAUUUAAAAGCAAAAUAACUUGAUUUCACUCUAAAAGAAAAUAAUAAUAUAAAAAAACCACCAUUUAACCCUUCCAAGAGGGAACAGAAGCUGACUAAUGGGCUAUUAAUUGCUAUUAUUCCAUCUUUGUUGAACAGAAAUAAAUAAAGCUGACAGAAUUUGCAGGAGGACACCUUUAAAUUUGCAGUGCAGGGGAACUUUCCAGAGCAGGACUGAUUUCUAAACAUUAUAGAAGGCUCUUGGAAGUGGGGAAGCACAUUGCUGGACAAUAUAGUAGCAUAUUAAGGGCUAUGUGGAACCAGUUUUUCAGUGUAGAGCUUUUAUGGCAACUGAAACUAUUAUCAGAGUUAAUGCAGCAGGUGGAUAUAGGAUUGCACCUUUGAUUGUGCUUCUUGCAGCUAGAGGAACAGCAAAAGCUCAGCGACGCUAAAAGGCUCUGUAACCAAAGCAGUCUACGCCCAAGCUUUCUCUUAGACAUAAGGGACAAGGUGCUUUAUAGCAAUGGGCUCGUGCAGCCCUGGCAAAGCAUGUUUUGCAAAGUUUCUCCCACUUUUAAAAUAAUUAGCAUGCUAAUGUUUUCCCUUCUUAAGAUAGCUUCCUUCUUAAGUUCAUUGAAUGUGUUGAAAACAUGCUUUUCUUUUCCAGCAUGAAUUGAAGUAAGGGUCUUUGUUUGAAUGCAAGUAGCAAGGCAAACUGAUUCAGUUAUUUUUACACUUUCCUGUAAAAACAGCAUCUGUGAGUGCACCACAAUGGGUCGUGAUGUAUUUCCUCUAGCAGGAUGGAAAAUAAGCCAUUUAUUAUUUCAGCUCUGACUUGCUGGGAACCUUUUGACCCUCAGGCCUUUAAAAGCAAAAUAAUAGGGGAUACUAGAACAGCAACUUGGGUGCCAAGUGAGGGGUUACCUGCUGCUUGUAGUGGGCUACAAACAAGAUACCGUAUUUUUCGCUCUAUAAGACGCACCAGACCACAAGACGCACCUAGUUUUUGGAGGAGGAAAACAAGAAAAAAAUAUAUUCUGAAUCUCAGAAGCCAGAACAGCAAGAGGGAUCGCUGCGCAUUGAAAGCAGCAAUCCCUCUUGCUGUUCUGGCUUCUGGGAUAGCUGCGCAGCCUGCAUUCGCUCCAUAAGACGCACACACAUUUCCCCUUACUUUUUAGGAGGGAAAAAGUGAGUCUUAUAGAGCAAAAAAUACGGUACUUCUGAUUUCUGAAAGAUUGUCCUGACCAUCAAAUUAAAUGACCUCUGUGCAGAUUUACAGUACAAUAGGUAGGCAGGGACUUCAUUAAAAUGUAUUUGCUCUUGAAAAGGGUCUGAAGGUAAUUUGCCGAGAAGACAAAGAAUCAGACUAGGGAAAUGUACGUAACAGUGGAGGAGCUUCUGGGGGAAGGGAAUAGGAAGCCUAGUUAUAAUCACUCUGCUGGUUUAAGCAGGUACCACUUUAAGGGAACGCUCCAAACCCAAGAUGCUCCAGGAUGAGUGAGUUAGGAUGUGGUAGAUCUCUGGCUCAGCUGUCCAGAUCCCAGCAGAACCAGACUAUGCCAAUUUAAGUACCACAUCCCAGCUAAGCCAGGGCUCAUCUGGUGAGCCCAGAACAAUGGUGUAAUCCUUGAAAAAUCAGCAGUCCAGGGAAGGGGUUAGGCAGGGAGGACUUGUGCUGAAUCGCAGCUCCUUUCAGCGCAGUCAUGUGACCUGGCAACCUGGCAGAACUUGCCUUUAUCUUAAAGCCUUGUUUUCUUUAUGCCAGGCUUAGGCCGGCUCAGCUGGCAGUAGCCACGCUCCUGAACAGGGGUAAUUUAUGCUGCCUUAAUUUAUUUAGAGGACACGGGUGGCGCUGUGGGUUAAACCACAGAGCCUAGGACUUGCCGCUCAGAAGGUCGGCGGUUCGAAUCCGUGUGACGGGGUGACUUCCCGUUGCUCGGUCCCUGCUCUUGCCAACCUAGCAGUUCAAAAGCACCUCAAAAAGUGCAAGUAGAUAAAUAGGUACCGCUCUGGCGGGAAGGUAAACGGCGUUUCCGUGUGCUGCUCUGGUUCGCCAGAAGCAGUUUAGUCAUGCUGGCCGCAUGACCUGGAAGCGGUACGCCGGCUCCCUUGGCCAAUAAAGCGAGAUGAGCACCGCAACCCCAGAGUCGGUCACAACUGGACCUAAUGGUCAGGGGUCCCUUUACCUUUACUAAUUUAUUUAGGGUUGUUCUUAUGUACUUGAACUGCAGUGAGCGCUCAAAAUAAAAAUAUAACAUAUCAAUUGCUUUGUAGUUCAGGUCCUCUAUAAUAUUUUCUGCUUCACCAAGGGUAAUAAAAUAUGCAUGAAAUAAAGACAGUAAGUAUAUAUGAUCCCUACUCAGAUUUCAGUCUUUUCAAUCUGUGUCUGAGGAAAUGGAGCAGGAUGCCUUAUUUAUUCAACAGGAGGUCAUCUCAGUAGCCUUGGAAAAAUCCUGCAAGAAUUGACUUUAGUGUUCUGGCCAAACUUUCAUUCAGUAAUUACCGACUGACUUCUAAAAUUAACCUAAAAUUCUAGCCAAAGAAAGCUCAGCUUUGUUUUCUUUCUCAUUAAGUGUUAACAAUGGCUGCUGAUUUCCACUAUGGAAGCUUUGGGAGCAAGCAGCAAGUUCAAAGCUGGUUUUCAGGAAGAAACAUCUUUACUCCUGUCAGAUUCUGUGAACACAAACACACUUCUGUCUUUCUUUAUACUGCAGUUUGGUAGAGUGGAUAGCAUUUGUAGUAUAAGUUUGGGUUCUGCAGAUGAAGGUUCCAUUCCCAUCUCAGUUCCUAAAACCUCUGCAUCCUUCACAACCGAGUGCCUUACAGUUCCCAUCAUUCCAUACCAUUGGCCAUACUUCAUGGGAGCUGGUCCAAAACAUCUGGCGGGCACCAAGUUGAGAAACUAUAAAGUUGAUGCUAUCUCUUGAACUAGCCUACCUCAUACUUUUAUCAUCAAGAUAAGGUAAUAUAAUGUGAAUUAGCCCUGAGCAUCUAGGAUAUAAGGAAAGGAAGAGGAAACUAAGAAAUUUCCCGUUAUAUGAAAUUUCCCAUUAUAUUCUGCUGACAUCAGCAGCAGGGUGAAAUAGCAUCCAGAAGGAUUGAACUCUCCCAUCAGCUGAUGAGUGGAAGUUUUAUAAGGACAAGCUGAUGAGCAGGGUUAAAUCCUGUGGCUUUGGCUUCACACGCCAACUCCCUGUCGUGAACUUGUGGGGUGCAGACAACACAGAAUUGAAUCCCACCUAUCAACUAAUGUCAUCUGCCCAUCAGAGUAAUGUCAGCUGUCUGCCAGGUGGGCAUAGUUUGGGGAAAAUGAGCCGAGUCCCCCCCCCCACCUGGUUUACAUGAAUAUAAAAGGAAAUCUGCAUAACUUCCUUUUGUCCUACCAUUGAUGCUCAGGAUCAGAACAGUAGUUGAAAAUGUACUUGGAAAGAGUAGAAUGACUUUUAUGACCUAGUUUUACUCAGGUGUGAAGACUUGAAUAUAAGGCAUUAUGUGGCACUAGAAUGAUUAUUCUGGUGUAUUCUGUGGACAUAUAUGACAAAUCCAAGGUACACUUCUGAGAGUGUUGCCAUCUCCACGAGAAAAGCACAAAGGGCUUUCAUUGCUUACGAAUUGCUUCUUGCCUUCUUCUGAUGACCUUUGGUCUGGUUUGGAGAUACAAGAAGAAGCAAGUAUAAUGCACCUGCUGUCCUAACUCAGUGGUUCUCAGCCUGUGGGAUGUUGUUGGACUACAACUCCCAUCAUUCCUGACCACUGGUCAUGCUGGCUAGGAAUGAUGGGAGUUGUAGUCCAACAACAUCUGGGGAACCACAGGUUGAGAACCACUCCCUUCUGGUUGACCUGUUCAUCUCUUCCAUCAAAUGACUGUGACGCAGAUGUUCUGCUACAAGUCUAACAUCACAAUCCUAUGUAGGUUGACUCAUUAGUAAAUCUCAUUGAAAUUGAAAUAUAUACAGUAUAGUACUUACUUUGCAUCAAACCUUAACUGAUCUUUCUACUUUGACUCAUAAAAUACAUCAUUUACAGCUUAGUAAGAAUAUAAAGUGAUAUUCUUUCACAUAUUUCUGAAAUUUAAACCCAUAAAUCCCAUAGUUUUAUAAGCACAGUUCCCCUGUGGGUCUUGGUUAGAGCUUUCAGAUUGUUCCUCAGAGGCUUUUGCACCCAGAACAUUUUUUUUCCAGAGUUAGGUAAGGCUUGCCUUAUGUCAGGAAAAUUCCUGACAUGUCCUGGUUUUCAGGUGCAGAAAUGGGAUUUUUCUAGAACUGUCACGGAAACCCUGGAUGUAUGGCAACGUGAUGGAAAAAAAACAGCAAAAAUCAGGUUUGUACCCAAAAAUCAAUUCAAUAGCUUAUCAAUUUUUGUUUCUUCUUCUUCUUUAAAAAAAAGCUCAACAAUUUUGGUGGUUUCCUAAAUCUUUGGGGGUGUCAGGAAUUUUAGUUUUUGAAAUGUGGCAACCCUAGGUUUAGCCCACCUUUUUAUCUUCCAGCAAGGCAGGGUAGUAAUAAGUUGCUGUUUCUGCGGGUGCCUCUGUCACAAUCACUUGAGGGAAGAGGUGAAAAUAUAAAUCGCAAGGGAGGGGCCAGGUCAAAACAGAACAGAUGCAGGAUGCUGUUUAUCUCCAGUCUAGAUCAAAGGACACCAGAAGGCAGAGCAGCAAUUCACAGUCCGUGGAAGCUCUGUGUGCUCCCCGCAUGAAGAAGGCAGGACCCUCAGGGUACGGAAAUGCAUCUUGAAUUUGUGGGUUGUAUAUGUCAGAAUUAUCAUUCUCUAAUGCCAUGGAUUAUCUUACAUAAACAAAUCUUUUACAUCAUUGCAUUUAUUCUAAAAGAGAAUAACUCACAAGAGGGUUUUUUGUUCCCCCAAAUUUCUAAUUUUCAUUUGGGAAAAGUCCUUAAAAACUAAAUUUCCUCCCCUGAAAUUUUCAAUUUUUAAAAAUGUGAUUUGUUUUGUUUUUGCCCAGGCCCCUCCAUCUCUCCCCCUCUCCCAUUUUUUACCUCACUCAUCAAAAUAUAUUUUUAAAUUUAACCCCCUCCCAAGUAACUUACUAGACUGAGCAUGAACGGUCAGAUGACUAUCUUUGCUAAAGCAGUGCCGUGUUAUCUUUUCUGACUGUUUUACACUCAAGUUUUAGGGAAUUUUUAGUAGGUUAAUUGCGAAGCUAACUAAGACAUUCAGAAAGGUCAUGUAGGAACGCAGAUGGAGGAUUGCCUAGUUACAUGCUUCCCUCAUAAUAAAAAACCCAAAAACCAAUUCGCUGUCUAUGUGAUGGCCAAACUUGGCCCUCCAGCUGUUUUGGGACUACAAUUCCCAUCACCCCCGACCACUGGUCCUGUUAUCUAGGGAUGAUGGGAGUUGUAGUCCCAAAACAGCUGGAGGGCCAAGUUUAGCCUUUUGUUAAGCUGGUAGGAGCGCCUCCUGUUCCUUAGUCCUGAAGCAGCUUGUGAAUGACACUAAGGGGACAUAUCAUUUAGGAGCAGAAACCAACUGCAUUACAGAAAGCAUACAAUUCAUGAAGGAAAUAUGUUCUGUAUAUGCUCAGGGACUCACUGCCCUUGAGUCCAUUUUUGAAAAAUUUCGUUAACCUUGGAAAAACUCUGCACAUACUCAGGAGCCGCUCAUCCAUAUAGUUAUUGUAAUUAAUCUCUCUUUGUUGUAAAAGACCUAGUAAUGUUUGACUGGUCAGAUAAACCUAUUUUUUGCUCUACUUUCUCCUGCUUGCAACUUCGUCUUACAUGUAGGUUAUUAUAAUUUUUUUAAGGACUGUAUUCCUCAUGGUUUGAAAUCCAGUGUGUUAUUGAUCUUAAGAGGCUCUUAUGGCUUAUAAGUCAGCUCCACGAAGGUACCCUUGCCAGAGUGAGACUUACCCCUGCGGGCGACCUCACAAAUUCGAUACCAAUAAACAAGGGAGUGCGCCAAGGAUGUAUAUUGGCCCCCUGCCUAUUCAAUCUAUUCAUCAGCGACAUGCGAGCACCCCUAGUCAACUCAUCUCAUAGUACACAUGCGCAUAUACUAGCUGGAUUACCGCUGUCCACUCCUUUUAUAUGCGGACGACGCGGUAAUUCUAUCUUAUACACGUGUUGGACUAACCAGAGCUCUGAAGAUCUUUGCCACGUAUUGUCAACUCAACCAAUUAACCAUCAAUCAUGCUAAAUCUAAGAUUCUGAUUUUCGCCAGAAGUCGGAGACUAUACGAAUGGAAGCUUGGUGGAGCAAAAAUAGAGCAAGUUCUAAAAUUUCAAUACCUAGGAGUUAUUUUUCAAUACAAUUUGGGGUGGAAAGCACAUAUUCAACACCUACUUAAUAAGGCCAAAACUCUGUCAUAUGAGCUCCUCCGAUUUUUCUUUCGGAUGGAGCUUUGCAUGUUCCUCGGCCCUAAAGGUGUUGAAGGCAAAAGUGGUUCCCGUGCUUGCUUAUGCUGCCCCGCUCUGGGUCGUGAUGACAGACCUUGCUCCUCUUGAGACUUUGCAAAACCAAUUCCUACGUCGGCUCCUAAUGCUCCCCCUGUGCGUAAGCAACGCAGCCAUGCGUCUAGAAUUGAGGAUCGCAUCCUUAGAAACUUGCCUGUGGAAGCAAGUCUUCAAUUAUUGGUUAUCAUUGUGGCAUAGAUUACCAGACCAUUACCUUGCCCAAUGCUUAUGGCGAGAUGAAUUCUCCAGCCUUUGGACCAGUAGAAUUCAUGCCAAACUCCUGAGCUAUGGAUCUCUCCCUUUGAUUCCCUAAAACUAGAUCAAAUCACUGCUCAAAGACUGAUCCGCCAAAGACUGGAUGACAUCGAUUUACAGCAAAAUUAUAUGCUGGGGGGAGGUGUUUGUUCGCCCCAGAACAUUGGUAUCACUUUAACUUGCUGCGUUCCAUCAUACCUCUCCUCCCUUUCGACUGUUGCCCAUAGGCUGGCCUUCACCAAAGCGAGGUUUAAUGUUUUUCCCUCCAAUGUCCUGAGACAUAGAUUCUCAAAGGGCCAAACCUCCGCCAUGUGCGAAUGUGAUAAGGAGAUGCCGGAGUCGCUUCAGCAUAUUAUGUUCACUUGCCCCUUAUUUAAGGUGCCACGGGCAAAUUUGUUGGGAUCAAUCAUACAGAAAUUAGAGGGUACUCCACCAAAAUUCCACCUUGCCCAAAUCUUGCAGGAUAAGGAUGCCCAUACGACCCUGAAAGUGGCUAGGUUCCUGGUCGCUGUCCUUACCCAAAAGCGUUGCCAAGGAGCACCACAAGCUAAUUAAGGCGUAGUAUGCCAUUCCAUCUUAUAGUAGUUUAUUGUUAUAGUAGUGUUUUAGCGGCUGUUUUUUCCCAUGUGCACAGGCUGUUAUUUAUGUCUUGUUUUUAUCUGUAUGGGCCUACGGCCGUAAUAAAUUAUUAUUAUUAUUAUUGAUCUUAAGACUCAAAGAACAGGCAAAGAAAAUAUAAGAAUGGAAAAAAAUAGUUCAAGAAAUUGGUAAUGGUAACUUUGAAACCUAAAAUGUUAGCUUCUGUAGGAGGGUUACUAGUACAAUACACGAGACUAUAGUUCUGUUAUUUGCUUAUAUUAUAUAUGCAAGAGUAAUAUACAUGGUUGACUGAACAAGGUGAACGUUAGGGUCUUUGGCAUGCAACAGGAAGCAGAUGGAAGAUAAUUAAUGGCCUGUUUAAAGGGUGACUGACUUUGGAACACCUGUUUUCCUAAUUUUAAACCUAUUUUGUACAGAUUGCCACAGAUCUCUUUGUUGCCCUAACACUGCAUGUGUGUGUGUGUGUGUGUGUGUGUGUGUGAUGGCAGAAUUAAGUGGUUUGCUGUUGUAUCUGAAGUUUACAAAUUUAGUGGAAACAAGUACUCAAAUAGUGCUUUCAUUUUUUUCUUAAAAUAGUGGAGAAGCCCACUGGUAGAUGCCCUACCAGUGGCUCCUGUGAUCACCUCUGUCAGUAGGCUACAAGAUGGCGUCUAUCCUUAACUUUGACCACUGGAAGGAGCGUAGAGAAAAUAAACAUUAUGGUGCCCCUGUAGCAGCAAAAGCGGGUGCCUUUAUCUGUCCCACCUGCAGUAAAACAUUUCUCUCCCCUAUCAGUCUCUACAGCCACAGCUGGCGCUGUAAUUCUCCAAUGGCUUGACUUGACCCCUGAAGGUAUACUCCUCUAUUGUCCCUGGAGACAGAUGGAUUGCAGAACACGCACACGCAUCCUUCACCUCGUUGGUGCGAAAAGGGAAAUGGUGUCCCUGAAGUCAACUAUUUUGUACUGGUUAUCAGUGAAGUUAACUCUCUAGUCUAGGCAAGCAGCCAGCCACCUGCCACCCUUGGCUUUCCUCAGCGCAGCACCAGGUGCCCCCUGGCACCUCUUGCACCUUCAUUUUGAUCUAGUGCCACCUUUGCAAAAAGAAGAGGUGCUGGCAGGCAGGCUGUUGCAUGUGUGAGCUCAAAGACUCAACCAUAAAAUGCAGUGCAUUGUGUCCUUCGGAAUAACUCUCUGGUUGCUGUAGUUUGGCCCCUAAUCCUGCACAUUUGUCUGCCUGUUCUGGGAGUUGAAGAGCUUUCAAUCAACUCUCAGAAAGAGAAAUAAAUAGUCUGUGAGUGGGGAUGGAUGGUACCAGGGCCCUUGGUCACUUCAUGAGACUUCUGUUUUCAGGUCAGACGUUGAAUGAUCUGAAACUAGCUGCUAAUGUUACAAACUGUGGUUUAUUUUUUUAAAAACCAAAUAAAUCUGGUUUAUUGCAGGCUUAAGCUCUGCUUUUGCAAGCUGCCUGUAUUUUAUCUUUUUUUGUAGAGGUGCUCUGACCUGCUUUGCCCCUGCCCACUUUUGGAGGCUGCCAUCAUCUUCAAAAGGGUCGCCUGCUCCUCCUCCUAGACCAGGGUUCCCCAAACUUGGGUCUCCAGCUGUUUUUGGACUACAGUUCCCAUCAUCCCUAACUACUGGCCCUGCUAGCUAGGGAUGAUGGGAGUUGUAGUCCAAAAACUGCUGGAGACCCAGGUUUGGGAAACCCUGCUCUAGACUAUGCAGGGUUUUCCAAACUAUGUUUCCUUCACUUGCCCAUGGACCAGAGGAGCUUCUGCCUGGCAAGAUAUUUUGUGUGUCUCGCUUACAUAGUAAGAGUGCUCCACAUGUUUAAUCUUACUUUAGGAAGACUCCCAGUGAAAGAGGUUUAGAGCACCUUUUCCUGUUGACAAACACGCAGUACUUUUAAUAGAAAAAUAAGCUGGUUCCUACAGCUUGCACUUCUGCUGUACUGUUACCUCAUUUUUAAAGGGCACAGACCAUCCGAACUUCUAGUGUGCCUAUCUACUGAGCCUACAUGUAAGCUUAAUAUCAGCAACUUCAAAAUCUAUUUCUUUUCAUCCUCUGAAGGACUUCAUUUUUAGAAAAUGGCCCAUCAGUCAGUGACUGAACUUGGAUUUCAAACAGUGUCCCCAUAUUCCUCCUAAUUUGGAAAAAGCUGUUCAUCUUUCCAACUCCUUGGCCUUGCAAAAUUGGUAGAUAAUACUAGUUCACAAAUGUUUGUGACCAUGACUGUUCUUGUGUCCUGGUAUAGUUUUCUGUUUUCCAAAAGUUUGAUUGUACUUUCGCAUAUGGUACUAAAACCUGAUAGUAUCCAGUUUAUCAUACAUAAAGUAUUAAAUUGUCUUGUUGUGUUGUUGACACAAUAACUUACGGAUAUCACUACAGCUACUAGCAGUGAUUGUUGGCGCUGUUGAUCAGUUUGCAGAAAAACUCAUGGAAAACAGCUGAUAUUCCUAGAUUGGUUAAGAUGUUUGUGUGCAACGUGGGCUCAAAACUGCUUGAUGCUGGAGUCAACCACAGGCAAUAAAAGACACUGUACUGUGCUUAGAAAAUUUGGACAUGGUCACUACUGAUUAGAGCAUUGGGCUAGAGCAUGGGUAGGCAAACUAAGGCCGGGGGGCCGGAUCUGGCCCAGUCACCUUCUAAAUCCGGCCUGCGGACGGUCCAGGAAUCAGCGUGUUUUUACACGAGUAGAAUGUGUCCUUUUAUUUAAAAUGCAUCUCUGGGUUAUUUGUGGGGCACAGGAAUUCGUUCAUUUCCCCCCCUUCAAAAUAUAGUCCGGCCCCCCACAAGGUCUGAGGGCCCCCUGCUGAAACAGUUUGCUGACUCCUAAGCUAGAGUCAGGCUAAUAACUUGUGAGUUCUCUAGAACAGGCAUAGGCGACCUCAGCCUUCCAGAUGUUUUGGGGACUACAAUUCCCAUCAUCCCUGACCACUGGUCCUGUUAGCUAGGGAUCAUGGGAGUUGUAGUCCGAAAACAUCUGGAGGGCCAAGGUUGCUUAUGCCUGCUCUAGAAUCUUUCAUGUCCACUGCGGUGUAUUAGAUUACAAAGCAAGAGUGCCUGCUAAGGAUUUCUCCAUUAGUUGAGACCAUUGCUUUUUUCUGCGAAGAUGUAUGGGUACGCAUACCCCUAAACAUUUUGUGACUCUUUGUACUUUUGUCCAUUUACUGUACUUAUUUUUCCUGAUUUGAACAUCUUGAGUCAAAAUGAGAGUACCCCUAAACAUUUUUUGGGGGGGGAAAGCACUGGUUGAGACCUUAGCUAAUCUGUUAGCACAGUCUUUACUUGUGUGUAGAUGUAGGAUUGAAGCCUUUGUUUGUGCUCUUGCUUUAUAAGUCUACCUAAGGGUUAGAUCCUAGUCUAAUAUUGUUUACUGAAAUCCCAGCAGGAUCUUAGCUGGUCUGCUGAGGGCUGCAGACUGCCUUCUGUCCACCCCAGUGGAAAAAGUUGAUACUACUAAUUUCCUUUUGGCUGCCUGGAAAGAAAUUGUGGCUAGGCAGACAAUAACUUGAAGGAACAAAAAUAAACAUUUUGAAGCAGAAAAUGUAUUGCCUGCCAAAUGAUUUUUUUAUUAUUAUAAAGAAGUGAAAACUGGAGGAAAUCUUUUUUUAAAAAAUGAAAAAGGCCACAAAUAACUUUUUAAAAAGCAGAAUUGUACUCUUAAAGCAGGCUUCCUCAACCUUGGCCCUCCAGAUAUUUUUGAGACUACAAUUCCCCACUUCUCUUGCGGGGGCCCAAUUAGUGCCAUUGCCUUCCGUUAAGAGUUUGGGUGUAAUCCUUGACGCCUCCCUUUCCAUGGAGGCGCAGGUUACAACAACAGCCAAGGUGACAUUUUUCCACCUUCGCCACAUCAAGCAGUUGGUCCCUUACCUUUCCCGCCCCGACCUGGCCACAGUGAUCCAUGCGACGGUCAUCUCCAGGCUUGACUACUGUAAUUCGCUCUACGCAGGGCUGUCCUUGAAGCUGUCCCAGAAACUCCAGCGGGUACAGAAUGCUGCAGCGAGGCUCCUCACGGGGUCUCUGCCAUGGGAGCAUAUUCACCCAGUGCUUUUCCAGCUGCACUGGCUCCUGGUGGAGUACAGGGUCAGAUUUAAGGUGCUGCUUUUGACCUUUAAAGCCCUUCACGGCCUAGGACCCUCGUACCUACAGGACCGCCUCUCCUGGUAUGCCCCACGGAGAGCCUCAAGGUCCAUAAAUAGCAACACCCUAGAGGUCCCGGGCCCUAAGGAAGUUAGAUUAGCUUCAACCAGAGCCAGGGCCUUUUCAACUCUGGCUCCGGCCUGGUGGAACGCUCUGCCUCAUGAGACCAGGGCCCUGCAGGAUCUGAUUUCUUUCCGCAGGGCCUGUAAGGCAGAGUUGUUCCGCCUGGCCUUUGGCUUGGAGCCAAUUUGAUUCCCUCCCUCUCUUUCUUUUUUCUUUUCCUUCUCCUGCGAGGAGGCUACAUUUUAAUAUUUUAAUGUUCCAUUAUUUUAAUGUUGUAUUUUAAUUUUGUUUUUAAGUUGUAAUCAUUCAACUUGUUAUUAUUGCUUGUAAGCCACUCUGAGCCCGGCCUUGGCUGGGGAGGGCGGGGUAUAAAUAAAAUUUAUUAUUAUUAUUAUUAUCAUCCCUGCCCAGUGGUCCUGCUAGCUAGGGAUCAUGGGAGUUGUAGGCCAAAAAAAAAAAAAAACAUCUGGAGGGCCGAAGUUGAGGAAGCCUGUCUUAAACCUUGAUGCACUGGUGGGAUGUCAUAUUUUAAAGUAAGCAGGUUAAAAGUAUUGAUAAUGUGCUGUUUUAUCAGCAAUGAAAUAAACGCUUUGUGUAAAAUAACAGUUAGAAACUACUAAUGCCAUAUAGAAUUAUAUAGUCUUGUAUACAUUGCAUCGAUAAAUUCCUAGAGGCAACUUGCAAGCCUUUUGAUCUUAGUUGAGGCCUAUCCUAUUCAUAUACUUUAAGCUAGUUUUUGUGGUACUGCAGGAAGCCUUCAAAGUCAGCUCUGAGCUCCGCGGAGGAUGGGUGGGAUAAAAAUGAAGCAGACACUGUCUUUCUCAUUAGUGUGUGUGUGUGUGUGUGUGUGUGUGUGUGUGUGUGUGUGUCCCCUUGGUGUUAGUAGUACAGUACUGGAAUUUUUUGAGAACAACUCAUCCUGUGACGGGAAGGGACGACGGGGGAGUUAGUGUGAAAAAGGGUGCCUCUUCCAGUGUCAUUUCCAGUGUGUCAUGCCAGUUCUAGCGUGCCUCCAUUGAAAACAAUGGAGGUUCCUUGGCUCACGGCCCAUCAGAAAGGACUGCUGCAUUCCUGUUUUAUGACUCUGGCGUUGCAGGAAAUACUGAAUAGCAACAAAGCCUGGGCUAAAGUAGUCUAAGAUGUUUUAUUUGUCAACGUUAGAAAGGAUAGUGUUCUUCUGCAAGUGGCAUUUUCAAAGUGUUUACAUAGGCUAGGAUGAUAAUCAGACGCCAAGCUUCUGUAGCCCUGUGUAACCACUGGCUUCCUUGAUCCCUGAUCCUCUUAAUACCUGCAGUUUUAGUAUGCUGCUCAUUGUAAAUGUAAAUAUCAUAAAAAUGUAAACUUGGUUUGUGUGUUUAGUGUGUAAACUGGUGAGGGGUGUGUUAUAGAGCGGGUGAUGUACAGUAUUUCACAAGCUGCACUAGCUUCCUGUCCUUUUUCAGGCAAGUUUGGAAGUGACUGUGUUUCACCUAUAAAAUCCGUGAUAGCACAGAGAUCUCCCAUCCCAAAGAAGAGAAGGCCAUUGAUAAAAUCAGUGGACACCACUUUAUUGACUGCUCUCCGUAUAGCUUGUCUGAAUAAUAAGAGCAUUUUGUAGUGGGUAAUUGUGGAAUUCCCUCUGCAUAGAAAUCCUGUAUCUUCCAGAAGCACCUUAGAGUUGUGGGUAGUGUUUAGCUACUGGAUAGAGUUAAGUAAAGAGAUCUGUGAAUCAUACGAGUUUAGUUGAUCAGGCUGUUAAUUUGGCAUAUGAGUAAAAAAAAAAAUCUAAAGCAAGAAAUAUACUUGCAGAUGUGUAUAGUAGGUAUCACCUUAGAAGAGACAAUCCCUCAUGUGGGAGAGGAUGGAGAAUCCCUCUUUAAGAUAUAUAUGUUGCCCAAUUAAUCAGGGGUACCAUAAGGGACGUGGGUGGUGCUGUGGGUUAAACCACAGAGCCUAGGACUUGCUGAUCAAAAGGUCAGUGGUUCGAAUCCCCGCGAUGGGGUGAGCUCCAGUUGCUCGGUCCCAGCUCCUUCCAACUUAGCAGUUCGAAAGCACAUCAAAGUGCAAGUAGAUAAAUAGAUACCGCUACAGUGGGGAAGGUAAACGGCGUUUCCGUGCGCUGCUCUGGUUCGCCAGAAGCGGCUUAGUCAUGCUGGCUGCAUGACCUGGAAGCUGUACGCUGGCUCCCUCGGCCAAUAAAGCGAGAUGAGCGCCGCAACCCCAGAGUCAAUCACGACUGGACCUAAUGGUCAGGGGUCCCUUCACCUUACUGGGCAUCUACCAGUGGGCUUCUCCUUUACCUUUACCAUCAGACUGAGUUGCUUUAGAUAGUUCUUUUUCUUAAAAAAGAAAAGUGAACUAACAUUGCAGUGUUACUUACUGAGAACACUCACAGUGGGUUUGUUACAAUAUUUUAUACCAUUCAAUUCCAGGUAUGAUUUUCUUUCUAAAUGGCUUGGGUCAUUUGAGCCUCCCCAUGCUUGAUAACCUCUGGGUAGCAUGUUGCACUUUCCAGUGUUCCACUUUUUGCAGGAGGUGAAAUAUUGUGUGGUGCAGAGUGAGAUUUUUCCAGAGGAAGCUGUUCUACCAAGAGGCCCACUUACAAAUUAUCUCUGGGAGUGUGGAUAACUGUUUUGCACAUUUUGCAGGCCAUCGGUAUUCUCUACAUCAACAUUCAUUCCCCAGCCUGGUGCUCUCUAGAGGUUUUGGGCAGCCACUGCCAUGAAUCCUAACCAUUGACUAUGCAAGUGUGAUGGCCUGGGAUUCGGACUCAGAAGCUGAACCUGAGGAAUCCCAGCCUGCACAGGAGUCCCCACCUCCAGAACCAGCUGAGCCGGGGCUGGGGCUUGAGCCUGAAGGGUCCUCACCUGUGCUGGAUCCUCAGGUGCAGGCUCCAACUGAGUCUGCUCUGGCUCCGGAGGUGAUGGAGGACCCAUUGCCUGCAGGUGCUCCACUCUCGGCCCCGUCAGAGGAAGAGGAGGUUGCCUCUGGGUCCGGUAACCCUCCAGCCUCUCCUGAGCUGCAGAGGCUCAGGGCAGAGAGGCGGAGGGAACUAAGUUCCCGCAGGAGGAGUGCUCGCCUCCAGGCCAGGAGAGGCGAGUCACCUGUGGACCGGGGCUGCCCUAUGCCUUGGGGCAGAUAAAAGCCAGCCAGCCCCAGUCCCAGGUUGUGGGAGCAACAUUGUUGGUAGCCUGUUCCUGCCUGCACCCUGUUCUGCUCUCCUGCCAGAGUUCCUGACCUCACCUGACUCCCUGCCUUGAACCCCACUUCAGCUUUGACGGACAGCCUCCAUACCGCACCCUCGACCUCAGACUGGACUUGGACCUUGCCGCACAGUUAACCCUCGGGACCAGCACAGCAAGCUAGGGCAGGUUGGAGUUGCUGUCCAAAACACCUGGACAACACCAGGUUGUUGAUUGUUGUUGAGUAUAGACUAACAGCAAGAGACUUUCCCAGCCCUAUCUGGAGAUGCCAGGGAUUUAACUUGGAACCUUCUGCAUGGAAAUGCUGUGUGCUACCUCUGAGCAAUGGGCCACUUUUCUCUCUCGUUCCACACCAAGUUAUAAAACUUCAGUACUGCUGAGCUUUCAAUUUUUAGCUUUGUUUGCUUUUAGUCUUUUUUUAAAAGCCUUUUUAUGUUAUACAGCUUGAGCUUUGGUAAAAAAAAAAAAAAAACCUUCGGCAAUGCAAUCCAAUAAAUGUAUAAUUGGAAGUAAGUCCCAUUGAGCUCAGCGUGUUUUUCUCCCAAGUAAGUUGGUUUAGAAUGGCAACCUUAGCUACGUCCUGGUAUUGAAUAAAUUUCCAUUGCUACUUUUUAAUUCUCCAAGGCCUUUUGUUUUAUUUUAAAUCUGUUUUAUGUUUCAUUUUCAUUUGAAGUGCCUGGGUAGAAAAAACACCGCAGACAUUUUAAAAAUGAAAUAAAAACUGUAGAACAGAGCUUUCAAAACUUACCAUAUUGGUGACACACUUUUUAGACAUGCAUCAUUUCACAUUAAUUCAGUUUUACUAACUCCUUUCCAGCCCCGGGAGGAGAGCAGGGAUUGUUCUUGUGACACACCUGCACACUGCAGCUGACACACUAACAUGUCGCGACACACAGUUUGGAAAGCUCUGCUGUAGAAGCUCUUCUGACAAUGCGAUGUGCAGUAUAGAUGUAGAAUAAACAAACCUCCCUACAGUUCUCUUCUCUUGUAAUUUCUAAUUGCUCGAAAUACUACUAUAAAUAGGACAGAAUAAUAAAGAAUGAGGCAGGCAUUCAACUAAUCAGAGAUGCAGUUCAUAACUGACUUUAAAAGUAUUAGACUAAUUAGAGGGGUGCUCUUUUAAAGGCAUUCUUGGAAACCUUAAUUAAUGAAUGGCCACCUGUGUCCAAAAUCUUAAUUUUCUUAACUUCGGAGUACCUUUCUGAAAACUUUUUACUGUGCCCUAUAUAUAGUAAAUAACAAAGUGAAAGUUUCUAAAAUGUGUGUUACAAAGUCAGUAUAUCCAGUCUAACCCGGAAUUAACAAAACUGACAACAAAGCCUGUGGUUCAGUUCGUCAAUUAGAAUUAUUCCAAAACAAUACAAAAGGAUGACUAAAAUGGAAAAUGAGUAUGCCUGCCUUCUCAGACAUUAAAACUUGUUGUUAGCUGGAUAACUUCCACCACUUUAAAAAUGACUCACAGUCCUAAUACUAAUUCUUCUUUGAUACAUUAGUUGAACAUAAAUGCUAGUAUCAAGCUUUGUACUUGAUAGUGUAUAUAUUGAACAGCUGAAGUCCCAUUAUCCCUUUUAAGAUCCACAUUUAAUGACAACAUAUCGCAGAGGUGGAGAACUUAAUAACCUUCCAGAUGUUGCUAGACUACAACAGUCAGUUUCGGCCACUGGUUAUCUGGCUAGGGAUGAAGAGAGUUGGGAUGCAGCCCAUCUGGAGGGCCAGAGGUUGGCUCUCCCUUCUUGAAUUGUCGUUAAUCCCAUAUCUUCCAAGAUGAUUUCCUACCUUCCUCAUUGCUGCAUUAGCAAUAGCAGACCAUUCUCUGUAGCAGUCUGUAGUAGUUUGCUGCAGCUGUAGGCCAUAUCUUUUUUCAUAUAUUUCAUUUCUGUUUUUGAAGCAACAUUUGUUCAUUUCAUUUCUUCCCAACUGCCUACAGGCCCUUGGCGCAGGAGCCUGACAUGAGAAAGUGCUGAUUUUGGGAUGGGAAGGCAACAUUACACCCACAGAGAGCUAUGACAGCUGCCACCUCCGUCUAUAUGAGGAACACAAUACUCUCGCCCUCUUUGCUUGUGGUUCACCAAGGGGGAGAAGUGCGACAGAUACGUCACUUCAUCUGUCUGCUUUUACCAAACAUUACCAGGAGACAUGAAGUGGUGGCAGCCAGGUUUUUUUUACGUAAUGUGUAGUUUGGCCAAAAGUGAUUUAUGGUAAGGUAAGCCUGAGUUUUCUCUCCCCUGGUUGUGUACUUGCCCACUGAGCCACAUUGAGGCCAAAGUAAAUGCACUUAACUCCCAUCCAAAGGCAUCGCACUGCUUAGGUUAAGCCGAAUGCCCGCUUCUCUACUUGAAAUGACAUAUUGGAGUAUUCCUUAUAAUGUUUGACUUUGUGUCUGAGGUAAUGGAAAGGUUGAGGACACUGUGCCUUAUUGAUUUAUCUGUCCUAUAACUGUGUCUGGGGAAUAAGCUUCUUCUUGGCUGUUGGAAUAUUUUGAUAACUGGUGAUCAUAUUUUUUUAAAAAUCACUAGUCCAUGAAAUAAGUAGAUUAGCUACUGGUUUCCUUAAGAUUUGAAAGUAAAGUAAAAUUACAGUAAAAAUGAAGCCAUUGUUCGUACUAUAAGUGUAUUCUAUGCACAAAAUUACAGUGGUGCCUCGCAAGACGAAAUUAAUCCGUUCCGCGAGAGUCUUCGUCUAGCGGUUUUUUCGUCUUGCGAAGCAACCCUAUUAGCGGCUUAACGGAUUAGCGCUAUUAGCGGUUUAGCGGCUAUUAAAGGCUUAAAGGCUUAGCGGAUUAGCUGCUAAAAGGCUAUUAAAGGCUAUUAAAGGCUUAGCAGAUUAGAUAAAGGGGGGGGAAAGCGAAAAAAACCCCUCAAGACUCGCAAGACAUUUUCGUCUUGCGAAGCAAGCCCAUAGGGAAAUUCGUCCUGCGAAGCAACUCAAAAACGGAAAACCCUUUCGUCUAGCGGGUUUUCCGUCUUGCGAGGCAUUCGUCUUGCGGGGCACCACUGUAAUUAUACAAUUCAAAUUAAAGUAACUUUUACUCAGAGUAGACCCCUUGAAAUUAAUGAACCUGAUGAGGCGUUUGUCCACAUGUUGUCUUGUCCCACUCUUUCCCCCGGAUUGCCCCUUGUUCCAAUCUAAAAAGCAGAUUUUCCCUUGGAAAGGAAUAGGGUGAGGUGAAAACCACUUGGACCCAUGCUUUCUAGGUAUGGCACAAGUGGAAUUAUGGAUGAGCCCAUAUUCAUUGAUUUCAGUAGGUCUACUCUUGAGUAGAACUUACUCGAAUACCGCUCCAAGUUAUCUGCCUAAUACACAGUUGCCUGCUUACAUGUUUUGGGGUAGCAGGGAAAUUCUUUUGGCGGCUGUGUGGUUGGACAGAUAAGUCUGGAGAGAUUAGGAUGCCUGGGGCAGCGGAUAAUAGCAUUUGGAUCCUGGAGCCACAUGGAACCAAUGUGUGCACCUGCCAAAGCGUUUCCGGCUGAAGUUCACAAAAUUUGGAGCCCAAAUUACUAACCACUGCAAAGCUUUUUUAAAAAAUGGAUGACGUUGUUAUACACACUGGAAAGAAGACACUGGCCAAUGGAAUUAGUCGUGAGAUUCACAAGUCAAUUCAAACUAUGGUUUGGCAUUGCAAGGAUGAACCUAGGGCAUUGCUAGGUUCUUAAAGGACGCUGGGCACAGGGCCAGGACACAUCUGCUAAUGUAUAUGUACAGAUGACUUUGGGUAGACAUCUAAGAUGGUGGGUGGCAGGAGAUCUGGGCUCCAGUGCAAAAGACCCACAGCUUGGCCAUGCCCCAGCAACUCCCCUGGAUGAGCCAACCUCAGGCCAGGGGCAGAGACAGGAAACUCUUGCUUCCAUUUUAGAUUAGCUGCAGUGUGGGGUUGUGUCCGAAUCCCAAACUGUAGUUCAUCUUAGCUACAGUUUGAAACAAGCCAGCUUCAUAAGCAACAGCUGAGGUAUGCUUUCAGCCCCUUCCUUACUGGGGAGUGGAGGGCGAGCCUGAGGCUUGCCUAGGUUAAUUCUUGUAAUUCUACAGCAAAAUGGUCUCCUAGGUGUUGUUGGCGCCAGCCAGAAUGGCCCGGGGACCAAGGAUGGUGGAAGCUGCAGCCCAGGAAAAUCUGGAGGGUCACAGAUUAGCCAUUCCUGUGCUAAACAGUGGCUUAGUGUUGCAUCCGAAACAGCUCUUUGAGUCUUUCCCCCUUCCUUGAAGUAAAACUUGAACUUAUUUUCAGAAUAGGCAGUUAAAUGUUUAAAAUCCAGCACUAUUCACUAUGAGCAGAAUCUUUCUAGACACAAAGCAGCUGACAAAUGGCGGCCUCUAAAUCCUGUGACUGUACUCACUUGUCCAGCUGUUGAGUUUCAGUGUUUUACAGUGGAGUGUUGUCAUGUCGUCCGCUUUUGGCAAAGCUUAAUAGACACAACAUGUUUGACUAUGCUACAAUUUUUUUUCAAUAUUUACCCCGUCUUUCACACUCCCCCCCCCCCCCGCAAAGUAGUAAAUUAUCCUUACUUUAAUCUCUCCUGGCUGCGUGAAAAACAGGAAUUUAUGUAACAGGCACUCUGCUACAAACCUUUUCCUGUUUGGAACUUUGUUGUUGUCGUUGGCAGAAUUUGGAGAUGGCUUUGCUACUCCAUGAGUGACCUUGAAUGUCCUCGGUAUAAGAAUACUAGAUUGUAACUUUUCUGAUGACUAAGGAAGUCUGAAGCUUCUUUCUGUAAAAUCCUAAACGCUUCCAUGAACAGAUGGGUUUGAAGUUCUGUGUAGACAUGUAUGCACAGGAUAACUCUUGUUUUCAUCACAAACACUUAACGCUCUGGAGUAAGUAUGCAAAAUUUUAAAACAGCACUCUUAUUUAUUUUUAAUCAGUGGGUUUUACUGCUUUCUUGUGAAUUCUUUUCGGUAGAAUAGCAGUGGCCUUAAUUCUGAGCAAGCAGCCAAGAUAAAAGGUUACACUCCAAAGAGUUUUCCAGGCCUCAUGGUAUAUGCAUCCUGGAUAUUCUACAGCAGUUUCCUAAUCCGUGGCUCCUUCAGGUGUUUUAGACUACAGUUCCCAUCAUUCCUGCCUGUUGGCCAUGCUGCCUAAAGCUGAUGGGUGUUGGAGUUCAACAGCAACUGGACUCCAGGUCAGCUGCUCCUUUCCUAAGGGACAAACUAAACAUGCUGAUCAAUCUGCACAUCUUAAGAACAUGUUUGCACCUUUGCAUAUAAAGCAAUAAUGGGGGGGGGGUAUUUCUCACACAUGAAGGAGCAUGUUGGCAUGUGAACUGAAACCUGAUCCCUCCCUCUUUCUUAACUAGCGGUGCUCUGUUGCUUUUACAGUGGUACUUCGGGUUAAGUACUUAAUUCGUUCCAGAGGUCCGUUCUUAACCUGAAACUGUUCUUAACCUGAAGUACCACUUUAGCUAAUGGUGUCUCCUGCUGCCGCCGCGCCACCGGAGCCCGAUUUCUGUUCUUAUCCUGAAGCAAAGUUCUUAACCUGAAGCACUAUUUCUGGGUUAGCGGAGUGUGUAAGCGUAUGUAACCCAAGGUACCACUGUAAUCAGAUUUUCCCCAAUUGAGCUCCGAUGACAUCAAUAAUAAAACUGCUUAAACCAACUAACUGUAGUUGGAGGAAGGUAGGAAAGGGGGUUGGGGUUGCUCCCCUUCCCAGGGAACUCCUUUUUGUGGGCAAAGCAUGCACCUCCAGACACAUACCUGCUUCAUAUGCAAACACGCUUAAGAUACCCAUCUAUUUUGAUCCUUAGCCUAUGUGUUUUGCAGUUUGCACUUUAGUAAAAACAAAGGUACUGUUUGUUUGUUUUUGUUAUCAGACAGGAUAUACAUUUUAUAAACAAAGUUUUCUCUAGCUGCUUACAGGCAGAGAAACACAAUUAUAGAAGAAACCAUGCAUAACCGUAACAUUUUAAAUGCAGAAUAAAAAGCACCAAAAAUAAAACAUAGCAGCAUCAGAACUUUCCAAUCUUGGAUACUAAAAACAUAAUUAUCCUUAAUAUCUUUUAAAGUUUAUAAGCUUCAAAAAUAAAAAUGUUUUCACCUGGCUCUAUAAACACAAAAGUGUCAGGUAAGCCUCUCUAGGAAGAGCAGUCCAUAACUGGAGCGCCACUACUGAAAAGGCUCACUUCUUUGUAGCCAUCUGCUGAACCUCAUUAGGUGAGGAAACCUGAAGAAUGGCUUUCAAAGAAGAUCUCAAAUCUGGGUUGGCAGGUCCAGGAGGAGGUGAUCCUUUAGGUAACCUGAUCCUAUGCUGUCAGUUGCUUCUAGAGGUUGGGCCCGGCACUUUUUUGGGCCAAAAAAGUGUCACUGAAUCAGAGCAGAUGUGGAUUAAGAUGUAAAAGUCUAUUUUACCUUUGAGAACACUGGAUGCUUGCUUCACUGCUUUUGCUUGGGAGUGAACACCUCCAACUCAGUAUCCUUCCCUACCUCUUAAUGUCGCAUAUGCCUAGUCUUCUUCCUGGAUGGGUUGACUUCCAGCAGGUGGAUUAUUCAUGGGAGCACCUGCUGGAUGUGAUCAUCAUGAUCCUGUACAAGCAUAUAUAGUCCUCCACUAGUGGUUUUUGCCACUAGUACUUUUUGAAGCAGACAGAGCUUGUUCUCCAGCUAUGCUCAUGCAAGAAGAGUGUUUGGCCAGCAGUGUCUAUUGAUGAAGAGCUUGAUGCCCAGACUCUUGGAUACUUGUUCUGUUUUUCAGUGGUAGUUAAAUCUUGUAUUCACUGGCUGUUCCUUUGGGAUACAGUUGCUGCUUAACGCAGGUGCUUUUUGCUGAGGUAUAUGCAAUCUGUGGUUUUUGCCAUCAGUGCUCUUGUGUCUUGGACUCCCAGUUCAGAGGCACUGUGAGGUCUUCACCCUGUUUCUCAUGGGAAGCUGCUUCCAUGCUUGUUGUGCAGGAUGUGUUGCCCUUGGCUGUACAGCUGCCUUGCUUUCAUUUCAGCAUUUCCUUUUAUAUUGCAAGGAUGCGCCUUUAUGUUCUUCCUGUAUUACUUCUUCUUUCUCUAUGCUUCACUCGGUGGUUUCAUGGUACACGCUGCCUUUGAAGAAUAAAUAACAAUAAUAGUAAAUAAACAAAUAACACAAUUUACAAUAGGAAGAAUAGGGUGGGUCCUUAAAAAAAUCUCUGGUGCCAAAGGCCAGGGCAAAGAGGUGUGUCUUCAGCAUAUUACAAAGCUUACAUAAUGAGAUUUGGGGGUGGUUUAGGGCUUUAAACACUAAUGUGGGUACCUUGAAAUGCUACCAGACAGGUGUGAGUUUGGGUCUUCAGGCCAGGGAUAUAGUUGCAUGGACUACUUGCAAUAUUGUGGGUCUAGUGAUUAGCGUUCUUAUCCAUUUUUUCAUGUUGAUACUGAGGGUUAAGCACAGCUGUCAUCUUAGUAUUUCUCCUCUACACUGCCUACAAAAUCACCAAUUUGAUGGAAAUAGGUAUACUAAGCAGAGGCUUAUCAAACAGGGCAAAGAUGGCUGCAAUACACAUUGUCUGUCCUCCAUUAACACACAUCACAGGAGAAGUUCCCAACACUCUGUUCAGCAGGCCAGGGGACUCUGGAAUGCAUGCACACCCCACCAAGCUUUUAACGAAAUAAUAAUGAGAUUAAGCUUCCUGGCAAACCUACUGAUUGGCUUCACCAAGGCCUAAAGAAGGAAAACACCAAGUCCACUGGCCCUUGCACUCAUUAAGGUCAAGAACUUCCUCCCAAAGAGUGUUCACACAUCUUUGCACUUGGUUCCCAUGGCAGGAAUGAGAAAGUCGCCCUAGCACUGUCAAUACAUUUUCCUUCCUUUGUUUUAGGGGGAAAUAUCUUCCCACAUAUUGCCGAGCCUAGAACAGGAAUCUCCAGCUAGAACUCUCUCCUCCCCCAGUUUCCCCUCACCUCCUCAAUGUGCGUUAUUUUUCAUUGGUUUUGAAAGGAUUCCAAGGGAGUUUGUAGCUUGUCAAUGCUUGUGUUUCCUGUUUCACCGCAUUCACCCGGGAAUAUUUUGCAUGAUGCGAGGCUCAGGAGGGGACCUUGGUCUUCCCUUCAUCCCCCUUCACUGCUUUUUUAUGUGUGCUUUUUGACAACAAUCUACACCUUGUUAUCUAAUAGCCAGGGUGUCUAUAAAGAACAAUCCAAACACCUCUGUGGUCCUGCUACAAAGGACAGCAGUUCAGAUUCAAAUCAGACCCCUAAGGAAGAGGCACCAUCUACCCUCUUGGCCGUGUGAGAGGUUGUAUUUGUGCUUUGGUUCCUAUCUCUAGUUCUGCUUCCUUUCUUGCCUCUCUUAACUUGCCAAGCAAGUUAGCUACACAAUUUCAGGCAAAACAUCAUUUGUAUUUGACUCCCUUCUCUACGCCAGUGUAGUUUUCUGCAUGUCUGUCUGCCAUCUAUAAUUGUCCCAUAUUCUUAUAUUUCACUAGCUCCUCUCUCCAGCUUUCGUUGAUCUCUCACAUUCUGCUCUAUCUCUCAGCCAUCCUCAUCUCCUUCCUGUCCUCUUUAUUGACUCGACUGAACAAUUGCCAGACAAUUCCGAAUGAUAUGUAUAUUUUUGGUAAUAAACCACAAAUUCAGUUUUUCUAAACUCUGUUGUUCCAAUGCUAAUUUUCUCUCUUGGAAAGCAAAGGUUUGGGGCAUGUUUCACUGCUACUCCCAACAUUUAUUCCUUGGGUAGCAGUAUACAUGGUAAAACAGUGUGUACUGACUUCGUCCUUGUUUGUUAUCUAUUUUAAUAACUGAAAAUUUACUUUUUUGACAUUGUUUGGAACCCCUUUUAAUUGGUAUGGGGAAACUUGAUCAGUGGAGCUGCAAAUUAAGGAUCCUUUUUAAAGGCCAUUUGGUUAUCUUUAUAUAAAAUGCAUCAAGGUGUUUUUUAAAAAAACUUAUGGGGUCCCUUACAACUCUACAGUUCUAUGAUUAUAAUUUGUGUAAAGUUCAUUAUUCAUAUAAGGUGUUAGUAAAUUCACUCAUACUGUGUGCUUUACAGCAGUUUUUCUGAGGCACUUGCUCUGAAAUUCAUUAUUGCUUACUUGUACACUAUGACUUUUGAGAAUAAUGGCUUGGAUAAAGGGGUUACUGUUUGUUUGGCCAACAUUUAGCACUUUAAGCUCUCUGAACAAAAUAAUGAAAUGGUGUGCAUGCUCAGACUUUGGUUUGCUCUGAGAACAGCCCGGGCUGAUUGGACAGAUAUUAUUAUUGGAUUACAGAUUUUUCUUGAGGUGGCUUUGAGGUUAGGGUUUUAAAACCUUUAAGAACAAUACAGCAGUGGUAAAUAGAACACCUUUCCUUGAAUUAUAUUUUAAGGUAAAGAACAGGUAACUUUCUUUAAAAGUCCGUUUUGGCAAUGGUAGACACACAUUUCCACAAUACUGGAUCCUGGCACAAAUAAAGUAAAAUAAGUUGUUAGGCAUUCAAAUUCCAAGGAUAGAUAGAAACAGCUAAUGAGGUUGAAAAACAGAAGACCCUGGGGGUCCCUUCCAACUCUACAAUCCUGUGAAAACAUUUCUAUGCGUACAAACCGUCCUUAAACAGGGAACGGUUCACAGCAGAGAUGUUGAAGUCUUUCCCCCAUUUUACUUAAAAACAAUGCGUAUUAAUUAGGAAGAUUAAGUGUUUUUUAAUGUACGUAAAUUUGCUUUUUCUUCUUUCUUUUUUGUAUUUUCUUUUUUCCCCCUUAAUUGUUUUUUCUUUAAUUUUCUUUUUGUAGUAUGAGAUUGUAAAUUCUUUGUAUAAGUGUGUAAUUUAAAUUCAAUAAAGAUUAAAAAAAAUAUAUAAAAAUGGGUGGAAUCCAAUGUACUGCUAAAGGCAGUCAUUCCGGCAGUGCAAAGAUGUUUCCUUGUACAAUGGAACACUCUCCUCCCCCUGAUGCCCCCAACCUAUUCUACUUUAGAUUUGGAGAGCACAAUCGGGGAAGAAGGGUGGAAACCCAUUGUACAAGCAGAAAUUCUUGCAUUGACUGGACUUCUUAGUAGAAUACCACCCCAAAGGAGCAAUUGUGUCUACUAUGUGGCAAUAAGUGAACUAUUGCAUUGGGAAAUGGGAUUUCAAUAGUUUUCAUGCAUUUGAUGAAAUGGCUUUCUAAUUGAAGAAAAAUACCAGAGAUAAGCGUGACUCACCUUUUUCCUUGCAACUUUUUUCUCCUUCCCAGAAUUCAAUUCGUCACAACCUCUCACUGCACAGCAAGUUUAUCAGAGUACAGAACGAAGGAACAGGAAAAAGCUCUUGGUGGAUGCUCAAUCCGGAAGGAGGCAAAAGUGGCAAGUCGCCCAGGAGAAGGGCCGCAUCCAUGGACAACAGCAGCAAGUUUGCCAAAAGCAGAGGUAGAGCUGCAAAGAAAAAAGCAGCUCUUCAGGCAGGUCAAGAGGGAAAUUGUGACAGUCCAGGCACGCAGUUCUCAAAAUGGCCCGCAAGCCCCAGCUCUCACAGCAAUGAUGACUUUGAUAAUAACUGGAGCACUUUUAGACCUAGAACCAGCUCUAAUGCUAGUACAAUCAGUGGGAGGCUUUCUCCAAUUGUUCCAGAACAAGAUGACCUUGGAGAAGGAGAUGUACACGCCAUGGUCUACCCUCCAUCCACAACCAAAAUGGCUUCAACCCUCCCAAGCCUUUCUGAGAUGAGCAGUUCAGAAAACAUGGAGAACCUCCUGGAUAACCUCAAUCUUUUGUCUCCUAACACAUCCCUGACCGGAUCAACCCAGUCCCCACCCACUACCAUGAUGCAGCAGUCUCCCGGUUAUUCAUAUACUUCAUCCAACACAAGUAUAGGUUCGCCCAGUGCAGACUACAGGAAAUACAGUUAUGCUCAGCCCAGCAUGAACUCCUUGUCGCAGAUACCUAUGCAAGCUCUUCAAGAUAGUAAACCAAGCUAUGGAAACCUCAGCCAAUACAACUGCCCUGUAGGACUUCUGAAGGAGUUGCUUACUUCUGACUCACCUCCACACAAUGAGAUCUUGGCAUCUGUAGAUACUCAUGUUUCCCAGCCUAGUGGCCGAGUGCUGGGACAGAAUGUACUGAUGGCCACUAACUCGGCAAUAUCACCCUAUGGCAGCCAACAGGCCCAUAGCAAACUAAUUUCCCCCAGUGUCCACCCACACCAGGGACAUGUCCAACAAACACCAGCAGUUAACAGCCAUACCUUGUCUCUCACACUUAGCACUGUGUCUCACGCAUCGAGUUUAAAUCGUUCCUCCGCCGCGAAAAACUCAGUACAAGUGCCUAUGAGCCACCCUAUGCAGAUGAACAGCAUAAACCCUUAUACCACUGUGAACAGCUGCAAUGGCUAUGGAAGACUGGGAAUUGUCUCUUUCCAUCAGGAGAAGCUUCCCAGUGACUUAGAUGACAUGUCGAUUGAACGAUUGGACUGUGAUAUGGAGUCAAUAAUUCGGAAUGAGCUCAUGGAUGGGGAAACAUUAGAUUUUAACUUUGACAGUGUGCUGCCUAACCAAAGCUUGUCGCAUGGCGUAAAGACAACAACACACAGCUGGGUUUCGGGAUAAGGUUGGAAGGUUGGUUCUCUUUUAUUUAUACAUAACAUGGUUAUCAGUUCCUGACUCUAAAAGGAUGCUCCUGUACGGAGGUGUAUGGCAGGACAGAAUUCAGGAGGUGUGACUUCUUCCAUUAUAAUAUUGUGCUAAUGGGAGAAGCUAUGCAUACUGUACCCUUCUCUGUCAUGAAGGUAUAGUGAGGUGGGAUGGGAAGUUUUCCAGUGCUAUUUCUUUACAUGGGAAAAAAAAAUCCUUUUCAUGAGUUCAUUAGUAACAGUAAGUGGGUGGCAAGAUUGGUAGUGUCAAAACCUUCGUUUUCAUUUACUAAACAGAAGUAAAAUAACCAUGCUAAAUCUCUAGGGCAUCAGAAAAAUUCUCUGCAAACUGACAAAUUUCCAGUGUGGAUUACCCUAACUGCCAUAGAAGAAACAUUUCCAAUUCCAAAUUGGAAUGAAAUGGGAAGAUAAUAUACACCAAAUAUAAUAAGCAAUAAUUUGUAGUGUUAGGGAUAAGUUCUAGAAGGGAAAGUUUGACACAGUGCUUUACCUUGUUGUUGAACGAUGGGGUAUGAUUUUAUAAAACAAAGAAUGGUGUUUCUGAAGAGUGAGUAAGAGAUGAAAUGCUGAUUCUUGUGAUAUGAUAGCAGCUUCUGGGGGGGGGGGGGGGGAAGGUUCAGGGAAGUUAAUUGAAACUGGAAAUCAGAGAUAGCCAUAGUAGAGUUGUGAAGGCAAAGGUCUUAUUUAGAUUACAGUGUCUUGCUCUUUAUUCUUAACUUUUUAAAAAUGAAAAAAUGAAAUGGGCUGUUCUACACAAGCUGAUUCAUGAAAUCAGCUUGUGUAGAACAAGCUACCACCUUAGGUGAAACCCCACAGUUUGAAGGUGUCCAAGAGAUAAACUACAAUUUGUGAGGCUAGUCACUAUGUCAAAGGAGGAGGUUUUUCAAAGGGCAUCAUAUAGUUAUUGGGUGGUAAAUUGUCAUGUAACUCAGUUUAAAUUUGUGCUCUUUAAAAUCUGCUGAGACUAUUAUGCUAAGAGUGAACUUAUACCAGUCACUCUGAGGUAUGAAUUCCUCAAUGUUCUCAAUUAAAGUUUGUGACCCCAAAGCGCCUCAGGUUACAAUGGAAUCAUACAUUUACUUUAUACCAGUAGAGUAUAAAAGAGAAGUAUGAAGUGUGGCUUAACAAGGGCGUUGAAAUGUAAAGAUGCUCAAAGCUAAGACAUGCAUGGACUAUCAUAUGGGAAUUAAAAGCUUGCAAAUGUGCCUGCAGGCAUGCAUUAAGGUAUUCACCCAGAAAUGGUCCUUUCCAGGAAAGUCCUUUAAAAGACCAACAAAUUCUACAACAUUUUAUUUAACAUGGAUUUGCCAAUAUUAUACUGAAAUUGGCUCACAUUUAUAAAACACGGAUGUGUUCCAUAAAGCAGUGGACUCUUUGCUUCUUGGUUCUCUUAGGUAUUUGGAUACCACUAUAUGCAUUCUUGUCUUGCAUGCUGAAUGUUUUUCUUUGCUUUCCAUCAUCAUGUAUUUUCUUUCCAUUAUCCUAGGCUGUAAUUUAAAGUACUUCAGACAUCUCUGACCGCAGGAAGUGAACAAGGAAGUCCAAAGAUGUCCUUCAACCUCUCUGUUUUUUCUUUUUGUAUUUUAUUUUCUCUUGUCAGACUUGGCAGCAGAUACAUUUUUCCUGUACAGGAUGUUUGCAAGAUACUUGCAUAUUAUUUGCUGCUAUUGGUAAGAAAUGUGCCAUUGGAAAUGUCUUUAUUUGGAAGUGCCAAACUCACUACAGUGUCGUAGGAACGAAGAAAAUACUUGUGCAUCAUGUUUUGCAUUGACCCAAGAAAAGGUUAAAGCUUUUAAUACUGUGAUAGUUUUAAACCUUUCAUCCCAUAUAUCUUUUGAUCUGAUGAACUCAUAGAGAGCUGCAGACAGCCGGAUUAACUGCCUUAAGUGUAUUAAAAUUGCACAUUUUGUAUGAGAACACAUCGUGGAAUAUGAUCUAACCAAAGUUGUUGGCCAUUUGGACUUCCAAAUCAGAGAGCAGAUUGAAAGCUUUGCUUUGUCGCCUAUGUGUUUGAUUAUGUAGAUUUAUUGUGGGGCUGACUUCCUGAUUGAUUUCAAUUUUAUUGAUCAACUUGAAUUUUUGUAAUAGGCAUAUAGAUAUUUUUCUUACAUCUCUACUUUGUUAUAUGAGCUCCUUAAAAACUUGCAGAAUCCAAGAUGCCUAAUAACAUAACAUUUUGUAUACAGUAUUUUAACUAGAUUGGGGGGGGGGGUUAUAUUAGCACUGUGUAAGAUUUCUAAAGAGAAGACAUUUAGGUGUAAUUUUUGGUGGGAGGUGGUUUCCUGGCACAAAGGUGAUCUCUUGGUCUAUAAAUACAGAAAACUUCUAUUUCUUAUAAUUAACACUGACUACCCCAAAGUGUUAAGUGUUGUUAAAUGGUUUGUAUAUUCAUAUACUCAUUUUUGUAUUUAUUUUACUAGAGUUUUAUAAUGUUUGUAACUCCAGGAGCAAAAACUUCUUAGCUUAACGUCGUUCUAGCAAAUCCAUUUUUAGUUUCACUUGUUCUUAAUUUUAGGGUCUGCCAUUUCUUUUUCCAUUGCCUCCUCUUCUUAUUUAUUCAAAGAGCCUGAAGCUGCUUUAUAUUACAUUAUGGUAUAAGACCACAUCUUGCAGGAAAGAACCUCAGCGACUAACUUUGCAGUCUCAAAUCAUAGAAAUAACAAUAGCUUUAGGUGGUGUUUCCUCAAAGCCCCCACAGUUUACUCUCUUUGAAGGGGGUUUAGGAGAGCAAGUUUACAACAUAGAGGCAAGUAAUUAUAUAGAAUAUACAAAAUUGUGAGCUAUCGUUUUGGUGGCUCCUUGGCAUACCAACGUCGUUGGGUUUAUCAACCACCUUUCGUUGGUCAGAGAAGAUGGGAGCUGGAACCCUGUAACACCUAGCCAGCCACUGUGUCCCUGUUUCAGAAUUAGAUAAGUUUUGUGGAAUACUUUGAUGUUUUUUAAGAGAGUGAGGGGUGAUGAGCAUGUGCCAUAAACCAUCCAUGUGGAGGUUAGGGUACAGUCCCCAAGGUGCCUUUCAACAUGUUUACUGGGUGGCACUGUGGGUUAAACCACAGAGCCUAGACUUGCUGAUCAGAAGGUCGGCGGUUCGAAUCCCCGCGACGGGGUGAGCUCCUGUUGCUCGGGUCCUUGCUCCUGCCAACCUAGCAGUUCAAAAGCACGUCAAAGUGCAAGUAGAUAAAUAGGUACCGCUCCGGCGGGAAGGUAAACAGCGUUUCUGUGCGCUGAUCUGGUUCGCCAGAAGCGGCUUAGUCAUGCUGGCCACAUGACCCGGAAGCUGUACGCCGGCUCCCUCGGCCAAUAAAGCAAGAUGAGCGCUGCAGCCCCAGAGUCAGCCACGACUGGACCUAAUGGUCAGGGGUCCCUUCGGUGGUCAAAACCUGCUUUUGGCCAGGAAGCAUGCGUUUCCUUGCCCUUAGCCCCUUCUCAGCUUCUUUUCCCCAAGGAAUUCCAGUGAGACUUAGUGUCCCAUCAAAACAUUUAAUAUAUAAUAUAUACCUGGGAGGGGAGUGGGGAGGUCAAAGAAAAGGCAUUCCAGAGCUUAGUUAAACAUUCAUCCAUCUCAUCCAGUCUUCAGCUCAGUUUUACCUACACAAAGUUUAGCAUAUCCCUGAAAGCAGAAAGGUCAUACUUAGCACAUUGGACACCCAAAAUGUUGAGAGCCUGCCGAAUCAGUCCAGUGGCCCAUCUAGCUCAACAUCGUGUUCUCUCAAGUGGCCAACCAGUUGUUUAUGAGAAGCCUGAAGAUGGGACCUGGUGCAACAGUGCUCUCCCCACACUUGCGAUUCCCAAUUACGUAGCCUAGUAAAUCUGCUAAGUAGUUUCUAGGGAAUCAAAACAUUAAUGAAGGGGUGGUAUAAUGCAACAAAUCAUGUAACUGCGGAUUGAAUAUGCUUCUCGAUAGAUCUUAAUUUCUAUAGUACUUUAGAUUUAAAAAUGUAAAUGAUGGCUUUGUGGACUGUGUGGAUCUUUAAUAUAUACCAAGCAGCCUUGUUUGGGGCUUUUCACACCUCUGUUAGUCUGUGAGAAAUGUAUUCUGCAACAGAACUACUCUAAUUCUGUAAUAUAUUGUUUGUGUGUUAUAUUAAUUACCUGCAUUACUGAGACCUCGGCUUAGAUAAACUGACAAAGUUGACUAAAAUGGUAAUCAGAUGUAUUCUUGAAUGCUGACAGUUCAACAGAGCAUCCCCAAGGAAAAGGAGAAAAGAUGAUUAAAGUGGACCAGUUCUUUUACAGUCUUACAGCACAGUUCUGCACAAAUCUGCUUGGAGGUACUUCUUUGGGACUUACUUCCAUGGCGGUGUGUGCGAGGAUUGCAACCUUAAGUUUGCACUUGAUCAAUAACUGGAUUGGUGUUAUUUUGUUAAAAUAUUUUCAGUUUGCAUUAUGAAAUGUUCAGGCUUGUUAAUUUAAAAUUAAUUUUUAAGUAAGGUAAUUUUUCUUUUGUAUUUUAUAAUUACUAAAAGUAAUACUGUGGUUCAUGCAAGCAAAAAAUAAAUAAAUAUGUAACUCUGCAUUAAAACGGGACUUUUGUUAUAGAGGGGCAUCUCCCUCGUUCUGCUCUCCCCCACUUUCUACAUAAGCAGCACUGCUGACAUGAAAAUACUUUGCAUGCUGUUUGUGUGAAUUGUAAGAACAUGGAGGAUUCUCACUGCUAUAUGCUGCAGAAUUUCAUUUGGAUAUUUGUAGGGGGUGGGGAGUGCCUGAUGUUUGGAAAAGCAUAAAAUAAUCCUUUGUACAAAGCCAUAAAUGUGUAUAUAUAUAUAUUGCUUUAAUUGUGUUGUCUUUCAUAUGAAGACAUGUAUGCUGAUAAAGGAUUCUGCUUCUUUGUUACUUGUGCAAACCCUUCUAAUUUAUCUCUACUGCAAUCCUGUGAGGUGGCUUAUUUUUGUGUGGUGUCUUGGGCAUCUUUCAUUGGCAAAGUGACCUAAUUUAUUUUAUAAAGAUAUACAAACAAAAAUAUGAAU